CAGACCGUUGUCUUAAACAAAAAGAGACCCAGCAUGUGGUAGAGAGAGAGCAUGGUCUACAUGUAAUAGGAAUGGGAGGGACUGCAAUAGUGACUGCAAGGAAGUCCUCAGCCUCUCCCCACCCAUCAGAGCUGCUCUGUGCGACCAGAGGUUGUGGGAGAUUUAGAGGCAGUGGUGGGGCUGUGGAUCUGUCCUGCUAAGAGACUACAUCAGAGCUCAGCCUGUGAGCACAAACAAGGGAUCUGGAAUCUGACAUUGUAUCUGUGGAAAGAAGACAGUCAGCCAGAAAUAAAGGGCGUUAACUGGCCGGAGGUAGGUCCUGAUUUAUUGAGACUCUCGGUGCUUUCUCUUCUUUUGAGCGAUGUUCUAAAUUCCAUUUCUGAACUCUACAAUCAGUGUGAUCUAUUAAUACUGAGGUACUUAUUAGUGUACUUUUUGUGGAAUGAUUACAUGUCAGUUACAGGGGCAAUCGCAGUAAUUGAUGGGGUAUGUAUUCUCCUCUAUCAGUAAAAAAAGGAAUGACACUGUGCAAAAAUAGUUAUAAUUUCGAAGUAUCACAUGAGGCUGCUGGCCAUUUGAUAGUAUUGUUACCAGUUGGUGUCUGAACCUUAGAAGCAAUUUAAAAGCCCACUCCUAGUCCAGACAUGUGAUCAGCAUGCUGGCGGCUAGAUGGGGACCAUAUGUUAAUAGUAAGACUUAUUCACUAAACUCCGAAUUGAAAUCUGGCAAAAUUCAGGCAAAUGUUGACAAUCUAAGACUAUAGCCGAUUUGGAGUGAUUCCCCCCCCCCAAAAUCAUCUGCCAUUUUGUACUAUUCAGAAUUUAGUACAUAAACCCCCACCCCCCAGUUCCCGAGCUCAGACUAUUAGGUGUCAGGGUGCCUUGUAGAUAUGUCUCAGUACGUUAGUGUUUACUUGUUUUCCUUCCAUACAGAGCUGUGUGUGAAGCGCUAGGAUGUAGGGCAGGCUAGCUGUGUUGGGACAGCCUCCCUCGGAUGUCUGAUGUAGGCUAACUUUUUGGUGAGCAAAUGUUGAUUUUAUCAGAAGUUGAAAGCAAGAGGGGAGUGGUCCUGCCUUCUGAACUUUUUUUUUUAAUCAUUUGGGGGAGGGGGUCUUGCUUUUAUUUUGGAUUUAGAUACAUAUGAAGUAAUGGGUUAUUCAUGUGUUAUUGUUUUCAUUGUGCUUCUUUUUUAUUAGAUCGUAUUUACUCUUUAUUUUGUUUUAAAUAUGGAUAGACAACGGUUUCCUUUUUUUGAGAAGAGUUAAAACCAAUAAGUACACAUUUGUUCAAAAACAUAAACCUCAUGUCAUGAUCAGUGUUAAAUUAACUUCUGUAAUAAGCCUAUGUACCUCCCAAUUUCAAAGAUGAUUUGUGUGGCAUAAGGUAAAGUGAGGGUAUGCAUGUGCCAGUCAAAUAACCAACCACACUUGUAGCAUGAUAAAUAAGGAGUCCUCUCAGUUGUCAAUCCAGGGUGCAAAUUUGGACCUGAGGCUGGCAAACUCCAAUAUAUCAAUUGAUAAGCAAAAAAUGAUCCAGUCACUCAAGCUUGUUCAAAUGGAAUAUUUAAUUACGCAUGUGUGUUUUCCAUAAUUAAGCUGUUAGACGCACUUACCUCCAGUGUAUGGGGGCAUGAUCGCCCCUUUGAGCGCAAUUAGCCUCUGGAGAUUUGGAUCCUGAUACUUGCUGUUUGGGAUAAUAAAGUUUUUGUUUUGUAAUCAAUUUUGGGUAAUUAUGUUCUGUAUAUAUGCUACAUGUUUACACUGUGGUUUUAUCAUGAUAAAGACCUAGUUUGAGGUUGAAACAAUGCUGUUUUUACUUCAUGCACUGGUAUUCACUGUCUUUGAGUGCCUGGAUCAUUUUUGCUUUUCCACACACCACCUAGUAUUCCAGUUAAUCUCUAAUACAACUCCCAUGAAUCUCGCAAAUGCUGCACUUAUCAUGGGAGGCACAGUUUGCAGCAAAUAUUGCACUUUCCCGAUACUGUGUGUGAUGAUUUCCAUCAAAUGGAAACUUAAGUUCUAGUGGCUGUAAGACCUAACAAGUUAAUAAACGGUUAAAAAUAAAUAUUUUUUUUACAAUAUAUUCCUAAUUGUAGUUUCACCAUGCUGAUAGUAAUUAACUUAAUGAUCUAGUUUGACCCAUGUUUUUUUUUUUUCCUACAAUUGAAAGAUUUAAAGUGCUGCCUGAAAAAAGCUUGUGUGAUUAGUCACGUGAAAACACAAUUUAUUUAGAUGACAGAUCUACCACUUGCUAGUCUUGUCGUCAGUUCAGACUGUUCCAGUGUAAAUGACUGAGCGGGCUCUAUCCCAUGACGCAAGCUUUGAAUGAGAGCGAAAAAAAUCCAGCCUCAUUUUAUCAGGGUAAAGUUCGUAGUUUUGUCCUAGUUCAAUGUCACUUUCAAACACACGAUUCAGUUAUGCACAACGACUUGUUUGUUUUGCUCUAGUGUCAACAGUAGUGUUGGAUUCUAUUCUUUUUGUUUGCUUAGUGAUUACAGUAUCAUAUUUUUUUUCUUCUCAUCAUGCUCAAUAUAACAAAGCAUUGCACAGUAAUACCGGCGUAGAGAAACAAUACAUUCCACCAAACAGUUUUCAUAUAUUAGUAGUACAAUUGGUAUAGUAAGCUCAUUAGUUCACCCCAACUCCCGUGUGAAUGGAUUACCUUCAUCAAUAGAUCACUGGAGACUAGUGUGAAUCAGGUAGGUUAUAUUCUGGAAAUACAAAGUUCAUUGGAACAGUUUCCAAGGGUACCAGGUGCUUUCCAUCAUUUCUUCUUGAUUUGGAGUGAGAGCUGUCAUCGAUUCACAUAAGCAGUUAAAGUGGCAUUUUGAAUAUAUGCAAAACUCCAGAUUACAGUAUUUUCUAACAUAAUUGUCAUAAAACCCAUUAUCUUCCUUGAAUAUGAAGUUAUUUCAGUCUCAUCCUUGCAGUGUUGCAUGUUGAUGGAAACGUGUUCAUGUAUGCAAUACAAUGUAAAAAGCCACUAGAAUUUCUUCAUAUAUCUCCAGCAUGCUCUGUGACUUUUUCAAUGGGAGUGUGGAAAAUUAGUGACAAAUAAAAUCACUCCGCUCUGGCCUUGCAUAUAAUUUGAUUCUCUGCAAACUCAGUUUAAUUAUUUGCUGAUAAAUGUGUUUAACCGAUGCAUUAAAUAACCUAGUGUUCAUAAUCUGUGUGUAUGUAAACAUAGACCUUUAUUGCCUAAAAAAUAAUCGGCUUUGUAUACAUGUAACCCUUUGACUACCACAUGGAUGACAAAUAUCUUCCUCUAAGGUAGUGAUCCUAUAAAUGCUUGGCUGGGGCCCUAUUAUUAUUUUAUUCUUCUAAAACACAAUUUGGAGACAAAUUAUUAAAGUUGUUUAUAGCAACAACCAAACCUACAGUCUAAAACUGUUUUUAAAUAAUAAUAAAGCCAGGACCUUGCUUGAGUAGUUGACCAGUGGGUGCGCAAGCAUUGUGUCUAUCAACUGUAAGACGUCAAAAAGGAAACGUGUGUCACCGCAUAUAGCAAAAUUAAAAAAGGUACCAGUUAAGUCUGCCUAAUUAGUUAGAGAAAAAAAAUGUUGUAAAUGUUUCAGAUUCGGAAUUUGAGCACAUUGUGGCUGUUUUUGAACGUGAGAGUGACCUUGGGUCUUUGAAUCUUUCUUCCAUUUCUUCCGUUUUUAUCAAGUAGAAGUGGCCAAGUGGUAGAUCCCCAGCUGUUGUAAAACUACAACUCCCAAAAUGCUUUAUUAUUCUGGAGUUUUGUAAACGAUAAAUUGACUUUGUAGUUCCUACAACAACUAAGGAUCUCCUUUGGACAACCCUGUAUUACCUGACACACAAUCACAUUUUUACAAUUUAAUUUGUUUGUAUGGUAGGGUAGUUUGUCUUAUGAAUUGUUUUUUUUUUUUCCCUUUGUUUAUUCAAAGGAACUGAAAGGGACAGAAAUAAUUUCUGCAUCUAAGAAAUCUCAUAUGUAACUCCUUUAAAUCUUUGGAGCCUGAUGUCAUGGCUUCUUGUUGUGUAUGUACAACCGUCGGAUAUCAAUCUUCCAUGGUCCCACUUAAGUCAGUCAUAUUGCAGUAUCUGCCACUAAAGCUAGUUCUUUAAAUGGUCACUUCAAGCACCAUAACCACUAAAGCCUGCUGUAGUGGUUAUAAUGCCAGGAGGACCCUGGGUUGGUUCUUUGGUUGUGGGGCAAAAUUAAUUUCACAAUAUUCUGACCCUUACCUGCCUUCCCAAUGGACUCAGAUGCUCCUUGGUGGUCCAGUGACUUGAUUCUGGUUUCUGCAGAGCUCCAAAAAGGGGGGUGGACGAUAUUCAUUGGCUGAGAGCGUCAGCUGACUGCUUUCAGUUGUAGUUACACCUCUGACAACAGAGGGAUUAAUGUAUGUGCAGUGUUUCAAAGUGAAAUGCUGCACAUACAGAGUCAGACUUGAGGCACCAUGAACUCUUCAAAUCUCAGAAGUGGUCAUGGUGUUUGGAGUAACGCUUUAAAGACCAUGUAGAAGUGGGGUGACCAAUGAGGCUACCAGAAAUAGUUGGAAGAAGAUGGUAAAGCGGUAUGCAAGUUUUUAUUAUGUUUAUACUUUUCUUUUUGGAAGUCACAAUGUGUAUUUCAUAGAAAAUUUAGAUAUAACACCGGAGAUGCUGUAUUGUAGUAACAUGCUUCUUUAUGUUAACUAUAUUUCCAAUAACCUUUUCCCAUAUAUAUAUAAUAUAUAAUGUAUGUGAGUAGGAUUAAAUUCCACAUUGUGAUAUUACAGUAAGGGCUUACUCAGGGAAUAUUACAGAAAACAUAUGAAGUACAGAAUGGUUAAAGGAACUCUUUAGUAUUAGGAAUACAAAGAUGUAUUCAGCCUCGUGCCACCCCAGUGAUACAAAUGGUUAAAUGACCCUUUAUUUACUUACCCAAUUGCAACGCCAAGAUCCCUCAUUACAGGGUUACGGUCCACUUCCCCUGACAUCAACUAAAGUGCAUGCAUUCCCCAUAGGAAAGCAUUGCCUCAAUGCUUUCUGAUGAUGUUUUCUCUGAUGCUGGAUAUCCUUAUGCAGAGCAUGAGGACGUCCAGCUUCGUUCCACGGAGUCAAAUUCUGUGAAACUCCAGGAAGCACCACUAGUGGCUGCCUGAUAGAGAGCCACUAAAGCAUUCUUAGUACUGUGAUGUAAACAUCGUAGCUUCACAAAAACUGCAAUGGUUUAUUUUACAGGGUUUGAGAACAGGAUCACUGCACCCAGAACACUUCAAUGAGAUAAAGUAGUCUGGGUGCCUAUAAUUGUCUCAUUUAAUGACGUUGGCUCUUCUUAAUGUUCUUUAUUUUAAAUCCUCACUUUACCCAGAAUUGUAGUAGUGUUUUGAUCAGACUAAUCCAUGUUUGGUAACCAUUUUCCAAAACAAUGCUUUCAUCUGGCACAGAGUUUGGGAAUUUCUAAUAUUCCUAAUGGCACAGAUUUAUUUCUAUUUUACAUGACCAUAAUUAUUUCUGCAAUACUAGCCAAUUAAUACUUUUAUAAAGUGUGUAGAAGAAAUAAGUUUUAAUCAGUAAUGUUGUGUAUUUCAUAUGAAGUGAACAUUAGGCCAAAAUGAAUAACAUUAUCCAUUGCACCACUAAAAGGCACAUGAAUUGUUCGAUGAUUAGUCCUCUGGGUUGUCUAGUGACAUCACUGCAAUGAAACUGUUAAAAGAUGGUCAAGUUAACACUGAAAAAUCCAACUCUGCUCACAGUGUCUCAGUAGAAACUCUGAAUGUGCCCUCCCUAUGUAUUUCUGCCUUUUGUAGCACAUAAUAUCUACGUGGUUGUUUGGUAAGUUUUUAUAGGCAUUUUCUUCAUACACAGGCACACUUGCAAAUAAUCCUUUGUACUUUACAAAGGCCAAACACUGUUACCUGAGAUAUACACUUUUCCUUAAUUCUCUGCCAGUCAAACAUCUGAGAUAGCAUUAUGGAAAUUGUAGUCAACAGCUGCUGGACGAUCAGAUCUAAACUCCUUGGGUACACCUGUGGCACAGUACCACCUUAAUAGAAGCCACAUAAACAAAGCUGCUUGCUUUCAAUACAUUCCCAAUGACAUUUGGGUACAGCAGUGAAUAUUGCCGGCAGCAUGGGAGCCUGUCGAGCAGGAUCAAGUGUUGAUGCUGAAACAAAUUCCAUUCUUUACUCGUGAUAUAAUAUAGGUCUGUUGAUUGUUUGUUUAUAUGAAAAUAAAUUAACUUUUCCUUUAAGAUCCACUUUACUUAAAAUAAACAUGUACUGCUUUUCUUUGACACAUACUCCAUAAAAUCUUCCAGACUCUGUUACUAUGCAUUAGGAUUGAUGAAUGCUGGAUCACAAUACACAUAAAGGCAUACCACUUGCCAGAGAUCCUUUUUUUAAUUUUGUAAAAUUUCUUAUAAGAUGUGUUAUAUGCAUUAUUGAGCCAGCAUAUUGUCAAACAAAAGCAACCCAUCUGGUAACCCAUUUGAUUCCACAAAAAUGCAAACUCUAUUACAUGCAUGUAAAUCUGAAUGAUGGAAGUCUUUUAUAGAAGUUUCAAGAGUUACUAAAUAAAACGUUAUUGAUUCAGAUUUGUAAAUCUGCAAAGAUUUAACAACAUUUGUCUACGUGUUUGUAUUUGUGUACCUGAUUUUUUUUUUUUUUAAAUUACCGUAUAUACUCGAUACUCGAGAGUAUAAGUCGACCUGAAUAUAAGCCGAAGGCACCUAAUUUUACCACAAAAAAAUGGGAAAACUUAUUGACAUGAGUAUUAGCCUAGGGUGGGAUAUGCAGCAGCUACUGGUAAAUUUCUAAAUAAAAUAAGAUCCCAAUGAAAUUACCUUUAAUUGAAUAUUUAUUUACUGUGUGUGUGUGUGUGUGUGUGUGUGUGUGUGUAUAUAAUGAAUGCAGUGUGUUUGUGUAGUGUUUGUGUAUAUAAUGAAUACAGAGUGUGUAGUGUGUUUGUGUAGUGUGUGUAAACUGGGUGGGGGGAGGGCAUUUGUAUUUUAAUAUUUUGAUUAUUUUAAUAUUUAAUUGUUUUUUUUUUUUUUUUUUGUCCUCCCUCCCUGCUUGUUACCUGGUGGUCCAGUGGUAUCGGCUGUGCAGUGGAGGGGCUGGCAGCAAGCUGUUACUUACCUUUGCAGCAGCAUUUCCGUUCAUCUCCCAGUGUAAAUCUCGCGCUCUGCGUGCUGCACGGAGCGUUGCCACAGUAACCCGUGGCAACGCUCUGAUGGCCGCAGGUCUCGUGAGAUUUACACUGGGAGAUGAACGGAGCUGCUGGGAAGGUAAGUUCAGCUUGCUGCCGGUUCCCCCUGGCGGUCCUGGUCUGUAUUAUGGAAAUGUAAGUUGCCAUAAUACAGACAUUGACUCAAGUAUAAGCCAAGGGGGGCUUUUUCAGCAUAAAAAAUGUGCUGAAAAACUCGGCUUAUACUCAAGUAUAUACGGUAGAUUUACUGCUGUCACAGCAUUUUAUUUUUUUUUCUUACAUUAGGCUUGCAGUCCUAUAUUUUAUUUUAUCUUUUUUUCACAGCAAUUUAAACAAUUUGCAAUUUGUACUUUCACAAGGUAAAACAAAAAAUGGUAAUUUAGACACAAUAGAGCAGCAUAUUACAAUGGAAUUACAAAUUGUACUUAUGUUACAUUGCUUUUUGACUUAUUAUAGUUCAAAUUUAUUUAUUUAUUUUUAUUUUUUUUACAUUGAUUCUGUUAACAGAUCAAAUUAAAUUGUAAACAAGGAAGAUUAGAGUUUUUUUUCCAGUGUUGUUCCUUAUGUGUAAUUCUGAAGGCAUUUCCCUAGCACAUAUGGGGCUUUUCAGUAUUCACUGGGAUGGUGGAGAAGUGACAAGGAAUCUUCAUAUUUUUGCCAGAAUUGCUGUGUUGGAACUUUCCUUGGGAAAUCCAGGAAAAUGGAAUAAACACCCGUCCUAGUGAAAAACUGCACAAGAAUUCUAUCUGUGUGGAAAAAAAAUGUCUGUAACCCCUUAUGGAUCAAAUGCUCCAAUUUGAAGAUGGAAAUAUGCAAUAUAGUGCCUAAAGAAUUUAUCAUAUCAUGGAAGACUGCUUAUAAAUCUUUAAAAGAUACAUGCAGCUCUGCACUCAUAAAUUGAUUUGGUAAUACCUGUGAACCAGGUUAUAUUUAAAGUGAUAGCUAUGGUAUGGCUGCUAUAAGUUGGUAAUGCAAUGCCAAUCAUCCAUUAUGAUGACUGUGGGUGUGUGUGUGUGUUUGUGUUGGGGGUGAGUGAGUGAAUGUUUACAUGGUGUGUUCAAUAGAAACAUGGCAACAUUUCAUUCUUUGUGUGUUAUUAGUUAAAGCAGACUGUGAUUGUCUAUUGUUGUGACUUAGAUGAUGAUCAGAUCACAUUUUAUGACCAAUUUGUGCAGAAAUCCAUAUCAUUCCAAAGGGUUCACAUACUUUUUCUUGCAACUGUAGAUGUUCUAUAUUCAAGAAAGUGACUGAUCCUCUUUAAUAAGAUAACCUUAAAAUGUACAAUCAAUAUAGAAAGAAUGCUGGCAAUUGCAACUGUUUUGUUUUUUUUUCUAAUGUGAAAUGUAUGUGUUGUAUGAACAUGUUGAGAGGGAAAAAACAAAGUCAAAAUUAGUCACAAGAAUAUGACCCAAACAUUCCACUUAGUAACCGUUUCAUUUCAGUAGAUAACCAGAAAAUUGGUAGAUUAAAGCAGACCCAAUGCUUGUAACUUGACGAUUUCCUUUGGUAGUCAUUUACGUGAUGAAAUGGAUGUGUUGGCCAUGUUCCAGCAUACUUAGCUGCAGUGCCACCUUAAUGCUUGGCACUUAGUCUGUGGGCACCUGCAGGGCAUUUUGAUUAGUGUAUCUAAAACAUAAAUGUCACAAAUUAAAUGCGUAACAUUUUAUUUUAUAGCUUUUCUUUAAUGUGUGCUCUGGUUUGAUUUAGUAGUUUAAUCUUUUCAGUUUAAUUAACUGUCAUUGUCAUCAUAUAUUACAAUGCAACUGGACGUUUUCCAUGCACAGUUUUUUAAUUCUAUCCUAGAACUGCAAUAUUAACCCCUUAAGGACCAAACUUCUGGAAUAAAAGGGGGUUAAAGUUGAAACAUUCUUUUUGGUAGUGUUCAAUAUCAACAGAUGGAUCAAAUAAUCUUUAUUCCUCUUUUCUGAACUUUUUUAGAUGGACACUUUCACAUGGGAAUCUGUCCGAUCUCCAAGGGAUAAUUGUAGUUAAUGUAAAUUAUUAAAUGAGAAAUAGUUUGACACUGUUUUACAUUAAAAAGAAAAAUGUCCAUAGCUAUUUUAGACGGGAAAUUAGUUGCUGACACUUUGGAAAUUACCUGCAUUUUUUUUUUUUUUUUCAUGCUACGCAAAAAACUUCCAGUUUUGGACACAGAAGAUGAUGCACUGCAACAGAAACUCCUUGUAAACAUAAAGUCAUUGGUCUAGAAUUGGGGUUCUUCAAACUUUGGCCCUCCAGAUGUUGUUCAACUGCAACUCCCAUAAUUCUUUAAAUGAAAUCGAUAGCCGGAGAAUCAUAAGAGUUGUAGUUAAGCAACAUCUGGAGGGUGUUUGGAGAGCCCUAGUCUAGAUAAUGUAUUUUCUUUUUAGCCACUCACUUAAAGAUGAGUAGGUCAUUUCAAAUUGAUGGAAAACUCACUAAAAUGUUAGCGAUUUGCAUUGGUCUCUUUAUUUGUGUCUGUUUUAUAUUAUAUAUUUAUAUACAUAUUCCCGUACAAUUUGUCUCAUUUUCCCUCAUAGGUGCUGCCAUUUCAAGUGGUUGAACACUCAUACCUUUCUCCAGCGCCGGGAUCCCUCGGUGCUGGGGACUCUCCUCCUCCUUCUGUCGUCAUCGGCUGAAUGCGCCGCUGAAUGAGCCGCGCGCACAUUCAGCCAGUACAUAGGAAAGCAUUCUCAAUGCUUUCCUAUGGAUGCUGGCGUCUUCUCACUGUGAAAAUCACAGUGAGAAGCGCAGAAGCGCCUCUAGUGGCUGUCAGUGAGACAGCCACUAAAGCCUGGAUUAACCCAUGUGUAAACUUAGAAGUUUCAGAGAAACUUUACAGCAGGCAGGGUUAAUCCUAGAUGGACCUGGCACCCAGACCACUUCAUUGAGCUGAAGUGGUCUGCGUGCCUAUAGUGGUCCUUUAACAUGCAGUAAUGGACAUUAAAGCCCAAAGAUGGCACAGCAGGGCUAUAUCCCUGCUCAUUCCAGGGAGAUCCAGGUAUCACUCAAUACAUGUGACUCCCCUAGGACUAAAGGUGACAUAUUUAGUGGCUCCAGAUUUACUAAUGAGCAAUUAUUUUUGAAUAUUGGGGAAAACAGAGAUCCCCUGAGAGAGUGACAACCUCUGGGUCUGAAAAGAACCCAAUUCGUUAUCCCUGCAUGCUUCCCUGUUAACAGAGUCAGCGAUCAGUGAUUGCACAGUCCAGUUUGCCUUGAACUGUGUAAGCAGUAAGAUUCCUCAGCGCAUGUAAUUGCUGAUAUAACUCCCACACAGAGCCCUGCUUUGGUUGUUUUGGGGUUGGGUUAGGAUUGAUGCUUGGUUAAGUUUAGAUUUUCAUAAUGUGCAGUAUGUUGACACAGUGUCAUUUUACUAAGAAGAAUCUAUAGGAAGUAAGCAAAGACUUGCGUCCAUCAAGUUCAGCCUUCCUCACAAUCUGUUAUUUCAACGGGCGGAUCUUCUUUCCAGAUCCCUUACUGUGCACUGUGCAACAAGGUGUGUUAGUGUGAUGCAUUCCACAGCACCUAGAAAGUCAGGGUAUUGACAUUCUCUUGCACUCCAUGUGAUGUACAACAAAACUACAAUAAAAUAUUUAAAAAAGAUAAAAAAAAGAAGAAAGCAAUUCGGAAGAAACAGUACAGGGAAGUGUGUAUUGCGAUAACCUUAACACAAUCUUUGACUUUCAAAGGUUUUUUUCCACAUAAUUCACACUUCACUGUUUUUAAAAAAAAUAUAUCUGAUAGUUUUAUAAUGUGUUGCCAUUAUAGAUUAAAUAUUAUUUGUUAUGAUAAACUGUAAAUCUAAUAUGUAUUAAAAGAAAAUCUAAAGAUUAUAUUUUUUCUGGGGCAAACUUAUUAAAAAAAUUGUAAUUUUUUUGCCACACAUGUUUAAAUUGUUGAACUUUUUUCCAUUACCAUAUAUUGGCAAACCAUGACAGCCAGUGUUGGCCUACAAUUAAUUGAAGUAAUGAUCACAAUGAUAAUUCUAGGAUGGUACAGAAAGAUUGUUAAAUACUUUAGUAGACAUCCUGGUAUUUCCUCUACUGGGGGGUUUGCUGUUGCAUAGUGCCUGACCACAGGGUGCGUCUUACGCCUUCUCUUUAGUGAGGAGGCCAAGCAUAGCAUGAUGUGAGAUUCAUACUUGUUAAGGACAGCUCGUGUCUGGCUACAGUCCUGGCCAUAAGCAGCGCUAGAAAAUGGGCAUCGACAUAACAUGCCAAGCAUAACUGGAUGGAGCGGAACAGAAAGCAUUACAUGUGAUAUCCGUGGUAAUUUGUACAGCUGUUAUUACUUUUAUUUAGUUAAUAUGAAAACCACACCGGAUUCCAUCUACUUUUCUUAAAAUGUUUGUCUAAUUUAUUCAAUGUUAACAUUUGCUUUCUAAUGUGAUUAUUUUUUUUUCAGGAAAGGGGAAACCCUUUCUUCUCUAGAAAUCACACUAUUGAAUCAGACCUUGAAAGUAAACUAAAACUUUCGAUAACUUUUUUUUUUUUUUAAAUUUCUUUAUUUUUCCAUCUUGACAAAAGUAGUAUGACAACAUUUGCGGUGUAGCUUACGCAGAAGCCUAUGAAUUCACAGCAUGUUUAAACAUUAGUAUAUACAUGUUGUGUCAACGCGUUUCUCAUAGAAGGUGCAGGAAUAGGCUAACCCAUCUACUUGCCAAGAGUUUUAAUGUUUAUUUAACUUAAACCAUACAUUUCGAGUUAACAUCUCGUGGUAAUGCAGUAGUGGUGUCUCGUUUUUCUAAACACUGAAGUGGUCCGUAUACAAUGUACUGUACACUAGUAGGUGGUGACCUACCUAUCAAAGUACAUUGUAGCUCAUGUUAUUGUAUGAGGAAUGGGUUUUUGGUCUGGAGGGAGUUCCAGUCCUCGUCCCCUGCAUAGCUUACUGAAGUUGGCUAGAGAUUGACUAUGACACCUACCCUGCAGGUUUUGGUUCCCGGGCUCCUCCAAAAGAAUAUGAAUCGAGAAGAAAGAGGGUAGAGUAUAGGGUAGGAGAAAGUAUAGAGAGUUAGAUGGGAGAAGGGGAAUUAUCUUGAUCAUAUGAUCUUAUUUAUUAAAGUAACACCCUUCUGUGUGGGGAAAAAAGUGCCAAAAAGAUUGAUUAAUCUGUUUCUUUGGGGAUAAAAAAAAAUAUUGGUUUACAUUAAAAAAAUGAUGGAAGUGACAAAUGAAAAAUCUGACCGAUUUAAUAAAUUGCGCUAAAUAAUAACAGAAAUUUUGUCUUAAAAGUGACACUUUCAAAAAUCCCCCUCAUUGUUUGUUUCUCCAUCUCCCAGCUAAGGAGGCUGGUAAAUCUGCAGUGACUGGCAAAGAGAUUAUACCAUGCGAUAAGCAGUGCAGUAGAAACGAAUGCAUGCCCAUCUCCUCCUCCUCAUCUUUCACAGCCUUCCCCCUUCCUGAAAUCAAACUCCCCUGUAGUCUGGUGCCAUACAAUUUCUAACUCCUAGCACUGUCUGACAACUUACGUGACUCCUGCAUGGGGCCUGGGGCUCCUGCAGGAGAGGUUGGAUAAUUCUAUAGAAUAAAGCAUAAAUGAUGAACGACCGUACAUAUUAGCAGAGAGGGUUCUGCUGAUCCUCUCAGCCAAUGAGUGCAGCCCUGCUCGACCCAGCUUUGCUCUACAGAGCAAUCCAUAUUCUCCAGCUGGAGAAGAAGGGGAUGCAACGAAUGCUGCAAUAGAUGCCUAACAGGACUCAGGCAAAUUGUCAAACUAUGCUAAAACUGCUUGUCAUCUUACUAUGGGACAGUGCCAGUGCUAAUUAAAAAAAUAAAAUAAAACCGAGGGCGGAUGGCAGGAGGGGAUAGAAGUAGAAGUAGUUACGUCUGUGGACAGCAUGCAGUGCGCACUGAAAUAAGCAGGCCUGCCAACUAAUAUGCUGCAUAGCUGUCCCCCAGCCUUCAGGACCAUGCAGGGAGCACUGCUGAAUCGCUCUCUACAUGGUCCUCAUGCCUGCAACACAGCGCUAGCACGUCUAAUGAUACAGUAACAAUACUUUUUACUCCAUUACAUAGAAAUUCCUCUGGAAUAUCAGUAAUUUGUGUAGUAGUGACAGUAAUUCAUAAAGUAGUUUUAUUUUUGAAUUCGCUAAAAAAUAAUUUUGUAAGCUUCAAUAUUUUUUGCUCCUUGUUGUAAAUUGACUGUGAAAGGGCAAAGCAAAGUUCAAUAGCUUUUGCAAAACAAGACUCGUGACCCUUUCAUUAGGGAAAACAAAUAUAACAAACAUUUUUUUUUUACAUGAAAUAAAAAAUAAAUAAAAAUAUUUGCCCGUUUCUUUAACCUUGUUUAACAAAGGGUUGUCUGUACUCAUUAAGACCUGUAUCUUAACUGUGCCCUUCAAAUAUACAUUUUAAAGGAGAGGUUGUGCUAUGAAGGCUUGUAUAUCACAUACAAUCAAUAAUAUUGUGUUGUGGUUUGAAUGAUAACCCUUAUGGUGAAAUAUGACUAUAGAAGUAUUUUGAAGAUGCAUUAAAGACCCCUGCUAGUUAGGGGUCAGUGUUUAUCGAUUCUGAGUGGUGGCUUUUUCAUUCAUGUUCUUAUGUCAGAUAUUUGCUUUGCUUUUAGAAUUUGUCAUUUAAAAUUAUGAAAGCGGUGUUAUUCCUGUGAUCCUUUUGUAAAUCAGAGAAAAAUUAAAGGCAAAUAGUAAAAUGGACAACAAUUCUAAUCUUUCUUGACUAUCAUUUGCUUUGGAAAGACUUCACAUUGAACUGCAUUGGGAAGUCUGUGAUUGGACAGCCACAGAAAGUCUGGGCUGAGUUAGAAAGGGAGGGCUUGCAAAGACAGCAGACAAGAGAUAUGCAACUUUUGAAAGAUGUUUAUGAUAUAUGUAUAUCAAUAAACAAAAUACCAUAUAAAAUGUGUGCACAUUUUUAUUGGGAAUAUAAAAUUGAGAUUAUUUAAAAUUUAUUUUUAAUAUGGACAGUGGAGCGUUCCUUUAAUUCUGAAUUCCAUAUAGACUAGAUAUAUAAAAAAUCUUAUAUAUAUUUUUUCCCCUCUAUAAAUUUAAAAUUUUUAUUAACACAGCCUAUUUAUUACAUACUUUUGUUUAUCCAUUUUUGCUGUAACCGGUUCCAAACGCGGCUCACUUUUCUGUCACUCACAGGGUUAAACAAAGGCUUAGUUGAAAAGCGAAACUUCUUCUGGGGUGAGCUGUGAUGAAAAUAAAUUGUGUUUCCAUUGAUUUUCUUGCUCAUUUUCUAAAAAGCUGAGUGCUAUCUGUCUCCCUUGUGAUUAGUAAAAAUAGGUUUGAUCCCACAAAUCAGCUUUGCAGCUUGCCCAAACAUGACUGCCUGUCAAAUGUACGACAAUACUGGUGGUUUGCAGCGUCAGAGGGUUUUUGCUUUGGCCAAUGAAAGCAGGCAAAAGUAAUAAUUAAAUUGCGGUCUCCGGGAAAGCAGUUUUAGCACUUUAAUUUUUUUAGCAUAUAUAUAUAUAUAUAUAUAUAUAUAUAUAUAUAUAUAUAUAUAUAUAUAUAUAUAUAUAUAUAUAUAUGCAAGGUCACCUUUUAAUGGAGUUUUUGGAAAGCCUUUGAUAGUGUGCAUUAGCAUUUAGAAUAUAGUAAUUGGAAAUACACAUUUGUCACAGUAAAUGACAGUGAUGCUUCAGCAUACGCCAAUAAAUCCAAAAUUAAGAUUUGUCAUUAGCUUUCCAGCUCCAUAUACUUUUCUUUGUGGCCAAACUGUGCGGUACAUUAAUUAUCAGUGCAACACUGUUUUCGGAUUUUGAAGUGUGUGUGUGUGUGUACACACGUAUGUACGUAAAUCAAAAUUAGAAAACAGUGUUGCACUGAUAAUUAACAAUGUACCGCACAGUUUGGCCACAAAGAAAAGUAUAUACAGAAUUUAUAUUCUCGCUCUCUCUCAUAUCAAAAUCCAAAAACCGUGUUGCUCUGAUACUUAAAGGGACACUAUAGUCACCAGAACAACUACAGUUUAUUGAAUUUGUUCUGGUGAGUAGAAUCAUUACUUUCAGGCUUUUUGCUGUAAACAUUGUCUUUUCAGAGAAAAUGCAGUGUUUACAUUACAGCCUAGUGAUAACUUCCCUGGUCACUCCUCGAAUAGCUGUUAGAUAUCCUUCCUGGGUCAUGGCUGCCUAAAAUGCAUCCAAACAUUCAGUACCUCCUCCCUCUGCAUGCAGACACUGAACUUUCCUCAUAGAGAUUAAUUGAUUGAAUUCAUCUCUAUGAGAAGAUGCUGAUUGGCCAGGGCGGUGUUUGACUCAUGCUGGCUCUGCCUUUAAAGGAUCACUAUAGGGUCAGGAACACAAACAUGUAUUCCUGACCCUAAAGUGUUAAAACCACCAUCUAGCCCCCCUGGGCCCCUCAUGCCUCCAUAAAUAUAGUAAAAAUCUUACUGUACUCAAGACUGAAGCUGUAGAUCUGCAUGCUGUUUGCCUAAAAAAAAGAAAAACAAGCAGUCUGCUGACAUCAUCAGAAGUGGUACCCUGAUCCAAUCCCAAUGCUUCCCCAUAGGAUUGGCUGAGACUGUAAAGGAGGCAGAUCAGGGGCAGAGCCAGCAUGAUUCAAACACAACCCUGGCCAAUCAGCAUCUCCUCAUAGAGAUGAAUUCAAUCAAUGAAUCUCUUUUUAUAAACUGCAAUGAUUACCAUGCAGGGUUCUCCUAUAGUGGCUGUCUAUCAGCUAUGCAUGAGGACAUCCAGCGUCGCCGGAAUCCCCAUAGGGAAGCAUUGAAUAAUGCUUUCCUAUGAGGAGAUCUAAUGCGCACGCGGCCAUUGCCGCACAUGCUCAUUAGGUCUUCCCCGCUGGCUGAGGAGCGUGGGUGGAGACUGACCCAGUGCCAAGGGACAUCUGUGCUGGAUUCAGGUAAGUCACUGAAGGGGUUACCCCUUCAGCAACAUAGGAUGAGGUGUGGGAGGGAGGGGGGCACUGCAGGAUUCUGCAGUGCCAGGAAAACUGGUAUGUUUUCCUGGCACUGGAUAUUCCCUCUCUGCCUGAGCUAAAUGAUUGGCUAAGAGCGAUCAUCUGAUGCUCAUGGCCAAUCAGCUGGCUUUGCACAGUAGGGCUUAGUUCAGCAGAGUUAACAGAAGCUCCUUAAAAAAGCGUCUUGCUCUCCAAAAUAAGAGGCAGGGAGUGACACCUGGUAGACCACAUAAGAAGUUAAAGGAACACUAUAGUCAAUAGGAACCACUUCAGCUUAAUGAAGUUAUUCUGGUAAGUAUAGCAUGUCACUGCAGGAUUUUAAUUGUAAAUGCUGCCUUUUCAGAAAAAGGCAAUGCUUUUAUUGGUUUCUAGGGACACCUCUAGUGGCAGUCACUCACAUGGCCACUAGAGGUGCUUCCUGCGUCAAUGCUGCGCAGUGUGCAGCACCAAUAUUCAGCAUCUCUACACUCUGCUUGAGGUGUUGAAUGCUACCCAUAAAGAUGCACUUAUUCAAUACAUCUCUAUGAAAAAAAUACACAGAAAAUACCUCAAUUCAAAUAACCUAUUCUAAUCCUUCAAGGGACACUAUAGGCACCCAGACCACUUCAGCUCAUUGAAGUGGUCUGGGUGCAGUGUCCCAAUGUAAAACGGUUUACAAUGAAGAACUAACACAGCUGUCUACCAGUCACUGGAGGCGCUUCCUGACUGUUAACGGACGUUUGGUCCGAUAAAGGACGUUGGACGUCCUCACACACUGCCCGCACUGAUUCAAUGCAUUCCUAUUGGGAGGGGCUAAUUCACAUGGCACUUGCCCCGCAUGCGCAUUAGCCCUCCUCUUCAGUAACAUCAGGGAAAUCGGCACUGGGAUCGUGUAAGUAAAUAAAGGUUUUUAACCUUUUAUUUACCACCGUAGGGGUGGGGGGUGGGGUGGUGCAAGGGAGGUAUAGUGCCAGGAAUGCAGCUUUGUAUUUCUGGCACUAUUCGUAGUAUCCCUUUAAGUGUACGCAGCGGCUCUAGUGUGUGUGUCAGUAGAGAUGUCAGAGAUUUCUACAUAUGAACCCAUCAGACUGGUGCAUUAGGAAGUCCUUCUCACACACAAGAGGAAAGACUUAUAAAACAAAAACAAGUGCUUUUUGCCUUUUGUCAAUAUGCUUCCAUGUGAAGUGCACUUAAAAAGGAUAGCUGGAGGCCUUUACAAUAUUGAUUGUAUCAAACUGCAUUUCCUCUCCUGCUUUCAAUGUCUGAGUCCAAAGGAUUUGCCCUAGUCUAUUUUGGUUUCUAUUUGCAUGCUUUAUCCAUUUUUAAGUAUGAAACGUUCAUGCAAAUGUCUGCACAGGAAAACCACAAAAUGUUACAAGGAUACUUUCAACUCGGACAUACAUUUGACUAAACAUAUAAAUCUCAGAUACAUAUCUGUAGAAGUGUGUACUAAUUUCUCUGAUUAUAGAUCUAAACCAAUAAUUAUUUACACAUUUAUUCUAUAGCAUACCUUCUAAUAGACCUAAUUUCCUUGAGACAAUGCCAAUUUGGAACUCUGGGAAUACAUACAGCCACGCUAAUGCUUAGAGCCAAAGGAAAAAUAACUAAAGGUUAGUAGGUGGGUAAGAGCAGUGUGGACUAUGUCAGCAUAGCUAACAGAUCACAGACUUCCAUGUAGCUAGGAGGAUAGCAAUCUGCAGAAUUGGUUCAGAUGUAAAGUAUUACUAGAUGGGUUUCAGACGCCAUUAUAAACACACAUUCAGGAUUACAUUGGGUCAACAGUGCAAAGAAAGCAUAAUUACUAGACUAUUGCAUGCUAAGCAAAUUGUGAUCUACUUCAACACAAAACCUAAUAACAGAGGUAUUCUCUAAACUGUGGAGUGGUAAGAACUUUACCAGCCUGCAUGGCUAAGAAUGAUGGUUGUUAACUCCUUAACUGGGAAUUGUGGCAAAAGGGGCAGGGAGCCCUUACAAGGGUUGUUGGCCACAGCAUUGGAAUACCUCUAAGGGCAACUUGAGGAGUGUUGGGACAUAUGUUGGCAAUGUACCAUGCCUCCCAAUCGUCCCUAUUUCGGGGGAGAGACCCAACUUUUGGGUCCUGUCUCACUAUCCUUACUAGACACCAGGGAACUGUCCUCAAUAAGAAUAGCGCAAGCACAUCAUAAGACACGCCUGCGCCAUGUUCUAAUCACUUGGACUCUGCAGGCAGAACUGAAACAUUACUCCGUGCAGGGUCUGCCCUCAGCGGGCUAACCUAACAUGAUAGGCAGGCAGCCUGGCAUGUGUUCUUGCCAAGCUGACCCGCAUUCCAGGAGGUCCUGUGUCACUUGCCUGCCCUUCUCUUUCCCCUUCCACCGGAUGCCUGAGGUGGGAGAUAUACAGUACUACAAGUGUGAAGAGUGAAGCAGUAGGAAGGUUUUGUACCAGACCUUUGCUAGCCCACUACUGUGUAGGUGUGUGCUUUAACUGGUAGCCCACAAUCUCAGUGGAUAAUACCAGAUUUUGUCCUUUGUGAAUAACUCUGAAAAACAUUUUCCCUUGCUGUAAAAUCAUGUUUGUUGUCUUGGAAUCAUAUUAGCUAACUUAAAAUUAGACAAGGCCAUUAAUUACAAUACAAACCAACAUUUACACAUUAAAAUUUUUUAUUCACUGAACCUAAAGUUAUAAAAGAAAUUAUCAAUUAAAGUAAACUGUUUUAAUCAGAUUUGCAGCUCUUACAUGUAGUAAAGACAAAUCUGAUUAAAACUUGGUAAUUUUAUUUGGUGUUGUGGUCUUUUAUAAAACUUGUCACUUUCGAAUUUGAGAAUUACUGAUUUUUGGCAAAAGAUAGCGACAGUCUGUCCAGCUGCCACAUAACUUAACUGUUACAGUGCCAAGGUUGUUUUACUAUUUGAAUGGCGUCUUCCACAUUUUGAUCCUGAUUUGAUAAAUAGCCGCAAGAACAAAAGGAAAUUGGUGGCACACCCAGAACAUGCAUCCUGCAGGAAUGGUGCUGCCGUAGUGACAAAAUAUAUACAUAAUAUUGGUUAAGGAAAAGUGCACUCAUAACAAUACAUUUCUAAAUUCUAUAAAGGAACACUAUAGUCACCUGCACAACUUUAGCUUAAUGAAGCAGUUUUGGUGUAUAGAACAUGCCCCUGCAGCCUCACUGCUCCAUUUAGGAGUUAAAUCACUUUGUUUAUGAACCCUAGUCACACCUCCCUGCAUGUGACUUGCACAGCCUUCCAUAAACACUUCCUGUAAAGAGCGCCCUAUUUAGGCUUUCUUUAUUGCAAGUUCUGUUUAAUUAAGAUUUUCUUAUCCCCUGCUAUGUUAAAGGACCACUCUAGGCACCCAGACCACUUCAGCUUAAUGAAGUGGUCUGGGUGCCAGGUCCUUCUAGGGUUAACCCAUUUUUUCAUAAACAUAGCAGUUUCAGAGAAACUGCUAUGUUUAUGAAUGGGUUAAGCCUUCCCCUAUUUCCUCUAGUGGCUGUCUCAUUGACAGCCACUAGAGGCGCUUGCGUGCUUCUCACUGUGAUUUUCACAGUGAGAGCACGCAAGCGUCCAUAGGAAAGCAUUGUAAAUGCUUUCCUAUGCGACGGGCUGAAUGCGCGCGCAGCGCUUGCCGCGCGUGCGCAUUCAGCCCAGGAGGAGGAUCGGAGGAGGAGAGGAGGCAGAGAGCUCCCCGCCCAGCGCUGGAAAAAGGUAAGUUUUUAACCCUUUCCUCCUUCCAGAGCCGGGCGGGAGGGGGUCCCUGAGGGUGGGGGCACCCUCAGGGCACUAUAGUGCCAGGAAAACGAGUAUGUUUUCCUGGCACUAUAGUGGUCCUUUAAUAGCUUGCUAGACCCUGCAAGAGCCUCCUGUAUGUGAUUAAAGUUCAAUUUAGAGAUUAAGGUACAAUUAUUUAAGGUAAAUUACAUCUGUUUGAAAGUGAAACCAGUUUGGUUUUUUUUUAAAGAAAGGCUCUGUCAAUCAUAGCCAGGGGAGGUGUGGCCGGGGCUGCAUAAACAGAAACAAAGUGAUUUAACUCAUAAAUGACAGUGAAUUGAGCAGUGAAAUUGCAGGGGAAUGAUCUAUACACUAAAACGGCUUUAUUUAGCUAAAGUAAUUUAGGUGACUAUAGUGUUCCUUUAAAAUUGCCUAUCUCCGCAAACAAAUACAGGGGGAUUCAGCCUUAUAGAAUUUAGUAAUGUAUUUUUAAGGGUGAAUCCCCCUGUAUUUGUUUGCCGAGAUAGGCAAGCGACACUGUCAUGCCGAACUUACCUUUCUUUAACUGAUUCCUCUUCUCUCCCUCUGUCAGGAUAUGUUCUUCAUUUCUUCCUGUCUGCUCUAGUUUUCUUUAAAAUUAUAAGACAAAGUAGGGUUUCCUACGCCUGACCAGCUAUGACCAGCGGAGGAGCAUAGUGUGCUUCCUUUCCAGUGGUCAGAGCAAUGUUACCACAAUUCUGACCUUUCCUCCGAUCCGAACAAAGUCCCGAAUUGCAUCCUAACAUGAAUGGAGAAACUGUUCUCAUUCUGUUAGGACGCAAUUCGGUAGUUUCGCCGACGUUCUGUCUAAAUGACAGGACGUUCUGGAAAAGUGAAAGGCGGCAUCGCGAGAACAUGGAGAAGAGGUGAGAAUUGUGGCAACAUUGUUCUGACCACUUGAAAAGAAGCACACUUUGGUCUUCCGCUGGUCAUAGCUGGUCAGGCGUAGGAAACCUCCAUAAGACAAAAUAGUCCCUACUUUGUCUUAUUUUUUAAAGAAAACUAGAGCAGACAGGAAGAAAUGAAAAACAGAUCCUGACAGAGGGAGAGAAGAGGAAUCAAUUAAAGAAAGGUAAAUUCGGCAUGACACUGCCGCUUUAAGUAGCCUUAUAGAAUUUAGAAAUGUAUUUUUAUGAGUGCUUAGUCUGUAUAACUGAUAAAUACAAAAAUCCAUUAAUUUAAUACCACACUCUUAUGCAUAAAAAGGAGAGAGUCGCUAUUCAAUAUGCAAAAAAUAAAUUAAUUUAUUGUACAUUAUUUAUAUAAAACCAAUUCAUGAACUUCAAGUAAAUCACUACUGUAUUUAUCAAUUCAUCUAUGGUACACAAGUUAAUCACUAUUGUAUUCCGGUGAUCUCCUUAUCAAUUCAUCUAUGGUACAGUUAACAAAAUUCAUAGUAUAUACAUUCAAGGAUAUGUACAACUAUAUACAGUCAAUAGAUACAACCUAUAUGGAGUUUGUAAGUUUAUAAAUGUUCAGGUGGAUCCACCACUUAAUAAUUCUCUUUAGUUGAAAAAAUGUAUGUAGAAAAUUGAAAAAAAUGAAAAAAAAAAGCUAAAAAAUAAAAUAAAAGAGAGAGAAACAAAGAUGCAAGAAAAAUUAAGAAAAAAUCCUGAUAAUUGAACGUUCACUGUAUAUGUCAUGAAGAGUUGGUUGGAUCUCACCAAUUGAGGAUUGGCACCCAGGAGUUAUUCAAUAGCAGCAAGAUGUUUAAUGUCUGGAAACCAGGAUGUGCUCCAAAUGUAGAGAGGACUGUAUUGGCAAAGUUAAUACUCCUAUAGUUGCUUGCAUGUAUCACUGUUCGGCUGCUCUCACUUGCGUCGUGCAUUUAGUAUGUAACCACUGGGCUGCAUGCUCGGGACGGACCUGUCCCUUCAAUGGCCCCUCUAAUUGAUAAAUAUGCAGUGUCUGUAGUAUGGUGUCUGAAUAACAAAUAAUGCUAGAUUACUUCCAAAGUUAUUGAAAGUGUGUGUGAUAAAAAAAAUCUAUUGAAAUCCGUUCCAUGCUUGUUUUUGUUAAAAUGAAGAAGCAAUGCUUUGGAUAUUUCCUAUAUGACUGCAUAUCUCUAGAGACAAUGUGUUGCGCAAGGAAAACCACACGUCCAUUUCUAGAUUCCACUAGGAGUCUGUAUACGGCAUGGUAGUUCACAAGAUCAAAAUUUCUUCCCUUACACUUAAAGGGUUGUUCACUAAAGUGAGAAUUCAAAGUGGAUUGCGUAUUUUAGUUCAAAAUAGAUGAAUCGGAAAAAGCCUAUUAUUCUUUUAUACUAAUAACUAAUAAUAUCCUGGUACUUUUAGAUGAGCAAUAAGAGUGAGUAAUCGAUUUUGAUGCAGUUACUCAAGAUCUGACUGACACUUUCCAUUCUACUUGUAUAGUCUCCCAUUUUCAGACGGAAAGGGUAUUGAUUGUACCUAUAGAAUGCUUUGCACGUGAUUCACGACUUUAUAAUUACUUUCUUUUGAAGGUGUAUCAUACCAUUUCUGCAAUAUAUUGUGGCGCUUUAUGAAUAGCCUUUUUAAACUGUAUAGAUCAAAAACUAUUGGAUGCUAAAGGAUACAUUGGCCAAAAUAUUAAAGUUGAAGAGCAGCGUGCCUUCCAUAACCAAAAUAUUAUGCAACCCACCUUUUUACUACGUACCAGUAUUGGAAGAACAAUGAUGACUAUGGCCUGAGGGAAAAUAAUACCAUUGGGGAAAAAAAACUACAAACUAGUUAUCUGUCUGUAAAAAGAAACAAAAACAUGAUAUCUAGAUAUCUUAAUUUCAAGUCCUAAGCUACUAGCAAUGCCUUAGAGGAACAUUAUAGUAUUAGGACACUAUAGUGUCCCUCUGCCUUAAAGCGAUCGUCUGCCCCCCAAUAGGGUUUUGCAAUGCACAGAGUGACGUCUAGGUUCAUUUCACAGAGUUCAAACUGUGAAACUCCAGGAAGCGUCUCUAGUGGCUGUCUGGUAGACAGCCACUAGAGGCAGUCUCAAGCCUUUAAUGAUACGAUUAAAUUUUCUCUGAAACGGCAAACAUUGCAUGGUUAAGGGGAGUGGGACAGUUCACUUCAAUGAAGGGCAUCCAUAUAUAUAUAUAAUUAUACACCAUAGUGAAUAAACCUGUUUGCUCCCACUCAGAAUGUUAAUAUUCAUGGAAUCGUAGUGAAUUAGGCCACAAUAGCUGAAUUUGAUAUAAUUAAAGUCUGCUAUGUUUUCGGUUUGGCUAUUUUGGCUUGAUGUUUGAAGUUCACUUUGAUUUCCCGACUAUUUCCAUUUUGGAGAAUACUCUGCAGGUACAAACACAAAAUAAAACUGGCUCAAUAACACCUCUGUGUCUGUGCAACAUGGUGCAAUACUGAAUACUUAUUAGUGCUGACAUUGUAUGAUAAUAUGAUACAAUUCUUAUCAUAAUCAUACUUUAUUUAUUGUGUACAGGGUUUGAUUUAUUAUAGUAUAUCAUGCCUGUCAUGGGUGUAUGAUGCAUUUCCUAUAUUGUUGGAUUGUGCAGGCUUGAAGAUUAAUGAUGAAUGUUUUGCAAACUGGAUGCAAAUUUGAUUUAAAACCUUGAUAGUAUAUUGCACAAAGUAAAGGCAAUAAGCAAACAAUAGUGGGAAUAAAUGUUUUGGAGUACUGUAAAGAAAUUGAGUGUUCUGACCUCUCCAUUACCUUUACAUGCAGGUAAUAAAAUUGGGAAGUAACUUUAUCAUUUCUGCAAUCUGAAAAGUAAUUUCCUUCAGUAGGGCUCAGGGGGGAAAAACCUUUUGACUCAAUCUGCAUUUAAGAUUGGCAUGAUGAUGUGGGUAGAAAGGGGUUAGAAUUAAAAUUCUCUAAUAAUCAAAAAAUCACUAGAAGUUGGCAUUAAUGGUUGUCCUAGUCUACUAGAAACUGAAAAGCUGCAGUGUGGUUUUCCCCUAUCAAUUCCUUAUUUUGGAAAUUUGGGCUUCUUGAUAUCUUCAUUUCCAUUUCAGACUGUUGAAAUGGAGCCAACACAUAUUGUUUCAACUCCGUAGCAUACUAAGCGAGGGGAGGUCUGCCUCAUGUGACCAGCAGGAGAGGGUGCACACAGCACCGCCGCUAUUUAUAGCAGAGCCGGGUGGGACUAUUUUAGAAUAUUUUAGAAUCCUCUACCAAGGUCUAGCAAGGAGGGAGCUGCAAUACUGAUACAAAUAGUGGGGGUGGGUUUAUAUGCUGCUAGAUAACAGCCAAAAUAAAAUGGCAAGCGCGUUUAAGAAACAGACAAGUGGUAAGGGGGCUCAGGAUACACACAAGGUGAAAUAGCUUAAUAAACACAAAGGUUUGAAAGGGGGGUGGGGGGUUGUUAUGAGAUACACACAAAGCGAAAAUUAAAAUUCGGAAGGUGGGGAGUAGGGGACCCAACAUAUAUUUUUGCCUGGGUGAUCAAGGGAUGCCUCUUGUUUUAACGUGCUUCCCAAACAAAACCUGGAGAUUUGGGGUUUUAAUCCUGGCACUAGGCAUUUCUGCCUUUUAACCUAUUUUUAGAGCUUAGAAGUAAUUAUAGCCACUCUAUUGCUGCCAAACAUCAGCUGAGACUUGUCGUCCUUUUGGCAUAUGUAAAACCUUUACCCCAACCCAAAAAGACUCAGGCACCACUUGUUUGUGAACCACUUGUUUGUGAACAUAUUGUUUCAACUCCGUAGUAUACUAAGUGAGGGGAGGUCUGCCUCAUGUGGCCUUGGGUGAUUCCUGGCAACAUAACUUCUUCAUUUAGAUGACGUUGCUAUUGUGCCUAAACUGUCCCUUUAAGGCCAAUACAGCUGGCCUCAAUAUUUUUUUUAUUUUUUUUUUUAAACAAGACAGCAAUAGCCUCAGCAUGGCUGUUUUAGCUUAAAUUUCCUAAUCUAUUUUUUAUUUACACAAAUUUGAGUUUAGUAAAUAACCCUGCCUCCUGGUCUGUUUUUACUGGGUGCCAAACUCCAACACUGUAAUAUAUUGCAUAAGAAAAAAUGCACUUAAAGGACUUAACAAUAAACAAAAUAUCAUCUUUAUUUUAAGCAGAUGUGCAAACACAUACAGUCAACUACUCAGUCCACUUAAGGCGUCAUAGUAAUAGGGCUGAAACACUGACACAUGUUCUUACAAUAAAUCAGUUAUUUGCUUAUUUUUAAGUCCUAUGAGUGCACUCUAUCAUAUUAGAGAAUUAAUUUCAAUUUCUUUUCCAGCUUUGUAACUGUUCCCAAUCAAGUCUCUCAACUUUCCCACAUUUUGUAGCAUAGUACCAAUUUUAGGGUACUGUCACACCGUCCAGGCUUUAUUUCCCUGCUUGUCCACCAUGUUGGGAGACUAGGAAACUGUCUUUUGGUUAGCCCAGCGUGAGUGCAUCAUUAGCACUCUCUGCAUAGUCUUCUAUGCACUCUGAUUCCAUGCACUACACUGGCAGUGCAUUAUAGGGUAGCUUUUCAUUCUCAGUCUGGCCAGGCAAAAGGGAAGGGGACGCAUGAGAAGGAAAUAACAGAAAAGUGUAAAGAAUUAUUUAGGUGCAAUGCACUCUUACAUAUUUUCUAUAAUCUAACAUUUUAUUUUUUAUUUUUCUAUUCACUUGCAUGACAUGAAAAAAGUUGAGGCCACUAUUAAAUAUGUGCAGCAAUACGCUUUCUAUUUUACAGAUAGCGUGCUCUGCUCUGUUUGUCAUGUUUGAUGGUUUAGUCUCUCCUAUGGAAUCGUUUCUGCCUUAUAGGACACACAAUGGAUUUUCCCUGACCUCAAAUAGGAUAGUGGAUUGUACUUGAACAUCAGGGUCAUUGGAAAGCUCCUCCCCUGUGGCACUGAAACUAUUGGUCAUGGCUGAGUGACAUCCUGUUACUACAGACUUUGACAGCACUGUUAUUCUAUUCAUGGCUUAGUGCAUUGUUAAAUGUGAAGUGUUCAAUGUACUGAUGGCAACAAAAUUGUUAAACUAAUACAGGUUGUGUUUAAACUUUUUUUUUUUUUUAAGUGACGGUACUUAUUCACAAAAGUGUAGUGUUCCAAUUACUGUUCAAAAGACAGCAAAGGUAAUUAAUUCUAAAUAAUGUGACUUACACGAUUGCCUUAACUACCUAAUUACCCUUCUUUACUAGAUCAAUUCAAAUGAUUUAAGAACAGGAUCAUAAUAAAUUGAUUAUAUGUGCAGAUUUUAACUUACCUGUGGAUACAUCUACAGCCACAUGCCUUUUCUCAGCACAGUAAUUUGAAAGUGCAGAGUGACUGGGUGUCCAGGAUAUGGCAUUUCUGUGUGGUAGUAUGUCUGGAAAGAUUGUACAUUUUAUUCCUCCAGGCAUCCUAGCCACUCUUGCGUUAAUUACAUUUUGGUGGACACGGGUACAUUGCAACAGGUUAUUCGCUGCUCCAUAGUCAAUGCAUCAUGGUCGGACCACGCUCCUAUCUUUGUUUUUGUUUGAACAGUAUGCCACUAGAGGCUGAGUAUGGAGGCCUUCGUUGGUUAAAACAAACACUCUGCACAGGCUAACAAAACAGGCAAAUGGUUAGCAAACAAGCUCUUAGAGUAUCAGGCACCACAGCAUACCUCCUUGCUAAAGAUGGGCAGAGGAACCUCAACACAGCCAGGAUGACAGAGGAGUUUGCCUCCUUCUACUUCUGCCUCUCCAAUCUCCAUAGGGAUCCUUGCACAAGAAAACUUUCUCUCCCUCUUAAACAAGCUAAACCACUUUACACGUUUGUGAGACACAGAAACACUGGACUAGAGGGUGAAAUCACAAGAGGAAGAAAUUUAAAUUUCCAGCCUUUAUUAUUGUUAUUAUUAUUAUUAUUAUUGGUUUUUAUUUAUAUAGCGCCAUCUUAUUCUGCAGCGCUUUAUUAUAAAACUUUCUCCAAGAAGCGAGUCCCAAACCUUACAUCAGGCUGCAAUCACAUCCUUACAGAAGAGUUAGCUCCAGAAGAAGUCACCUGUGCUCAUAUAGUGACACUAACUAAACAAGAAAAGAAACCAUAUUAUGCCAAACCUUUUGCCCAAUUUCUCUACUAAAUGUACAUAGCAAAAUUUAUGCAAAAGCGCUGGCAAAUAAACUAGCUUCACUCUUCCACACCUACUGCAUAUUGAACAGGUGGGCUUUGUUUCCUCAAGACAACCCGCAGACAGCACCUGGACAUUCAUUAAUAUUAUCCAUAAUUUUUGUAUUGAUGGGAUGCCUUGUCUCUUUCUAGCUUUUGACACUGAGAAAGCCUUCAAUAGAUUACACGAGCAAUAUAUGCAUGAUGUCCUAUUAAAAUAUGGCCUCCCUCAGACCUUUCUUCAGUGACCAAAGUUCUUUACACAAACCCUUCAUCUUUAAAACUCUUGUAGCAUAUAGCAUUAGCUAUAAGGACAACCUCCAUAUUAAGGGUUAUUCCAUUAACCAGGGGACCUCCUGCACACUGGGUAUGUUUGCGAUUUUAUGAUGUUGUCUAUAAAGAAAUCUCCACACAGUGCCGGUAUCUUGACAAACUUCUUACAAAAUGUGUGUGUGUGUAUACCCAUUCUGUUUCUGUAAGUCUGUCGUGUGUGUGUUUAUAUACUAUAUAUGUGUUUUUGAAUAAAAUAAAAUAUUUAGGUUUUUUUCAUAACCUUUUUUUCCGUGAAGUGUGUGAGCCUGAAAAAGAGACAUCGUCUUUGUACCGUGACAUGUUCCUAAGGGAUCAUGGGACUUGAUUAGUAAGAGAUCCUGCCUUGUGGUUCUCAUUGACGUUUUGCUAUUUUAAGAGCAAAUUAUUUGUGUGAGAAAAGCUUCGUGAUGCAUGCCUUGGGAAACGUUCUGUUAGGAUUUUACGCACAAGUUUAUUUGCAUCUUCCCAUGAGUAUAAACUCAUUUGAUGGAGUACAGACAAUGGCAUAUCUGGGGGCUUCCUAAAGAGGGGAUUGAAGGCAGGGGGUAGAAGGAAGCAGCUUGAGACUCAAUACUUGCCUUACUCUUGUUUAUUUUGUGUAGGUUAACGGUGUUAAAGACAGAUAAUGUGUAUAUACAGCUAGUCAAGUUUAUACUUGCCAAAACCAUUACAAACACAGCUGUAAAAACAGACCUAUCCCCUUUCUAUUAAUUUAAUAUCACAACCCCUAUAAAAAUGUCAGAUUGUGCCGCGUUAAUAUAUCACUCACUUUCUAAAUAUCCCGUUGAUAGAUCUCAAUGCUAUACCUUAGAUUGUAAGCUCACUCGAGCAGAGCUCUUUUUACCUAUUAGCUUUUUUUUGCCAUACCUUGUCUGCCAAAGCAGGUUUGGUUAUAUGCCAGUGUACAGUGCCUCAGAAUAUGUUGGUAUUGUAUACUAAUAUUUUAUAUAUUUUUGUGAGUGUUGCAUUCAGCUCAUUAUUGAAACCGUAAUUUUAGUUCUAAGUUGUUUAAAUAAUGGCUCCUGGGGACUUCCACAUGUGUUAAUUCCACAUCAUCGAAGAGCUGUCUUUUGGUCUCAAGAGAUACGCAGGAUAAAGGGGCAUCUGGAGCCUAAUGAGGGACAGAUCCCAAAGCUGCUUUCUGCAUCCCAGGCCAAAGGAGACAGAUGUUACUGGAUAUAUGUUGGCCUGCUCUGUGCUGCUCACACAGGAUGUAAGGGGGCGGGGAUGUCCGAGAAUCCAGGGUGUGAUAUGAAGGUUAGCUGAAUGUGGGAACCCCAGAACAAUGGAUCUUGGCACAUUAAAGUGCACUAUUGUCAUAUAUAGAUAUGUUGUAGAAUGUGCCAUUGUAUAUUGAUUCCUUCCUGGUAGGAUUAUACUAAACAAAUAUUGACACUAUAUGGAAAAUGAAAAAUAAGCCAAACGUGAUUAGUUUAAAAAAAUAAAAAAAAUUAAACAAAUUCCCAAAGCAAAACAUUGUCAUAGAAUUUUUCAAAUUAUUAAAUCAGGUAUUGUAUCUAGCAACUACUUAUUAAAGCAGCACUCUAGGAGUGCAUGUUUAACCUUUUAUGGGCCAAAACCUUGAAACAUGGUAUUGAACGAUCAGCUGUUUUUGCAUGCAUUAAAAUGUGUGUUAAUGUCGAUUUGCCUAGUUUACAUUUUCUUGUUAGAGAGGCUCAGGUAAACCACCUUCUCAAUUAUUUACUAUUCAUAUUGUGUGUGGUCCCCCCCACCCCCUCCAAACUUUCUUUACAUUUUUUUUCUUUGCAGCUUCCCCAUCUAUAGCCCACUCUAGCAAAAAUACCCUUCAUUGUCUCAAGUUUUUUUUAAUUUUUUUAUUAAUUCCAUAUGUAAGUACUACCAGUUUUUAGAUCAGGGGUAGUCGGCCUUUUAAUACCUACCGCCCACUUAUGUAUUUUGAUGGUAACAUUUCCUUACUGCCCCUGUGUGAAUUUUUAGAAAAGCUUGUUUUAAAAAAAAAAAAAAAAUGCACAGCAACAACAAUGCUGUACUAGGUGGCCAAUUUUAUUAUGCGUCAUCAAAAAAAGAAGUUCCUCUUUUCUAUUAUAUUUUUCUUUUCACCUACCUUAUUGCAAUCAUCAGCAGGAAGGUUGAAAUAGGUAGCACACUUUUAUUUUUAGCCAACAACAAACCAUAAAACAGAAAAAAGGCAUAUCAGGGGUCUGUUUUUCCUUUCUCUUUAUCUCCAGCGGCAUACCUACCGAAGUUGCGACCGGGCCCAUCACUCCAGGGGGCCCGGCUGCCCUGUCUGACCACCACUGAUGCAUAUUCUGUCUAGCGGCAACACAUCCUGCAGUCUCCUUGGCAACUAGCCAUGGCUUCCCCAAUAUUUAAGGAAUGUCCGUCAAACAAGAGACCAUGCCUUUGGGGUUUUUUGUUUUAGCGGUGGAGAUCAUUGGGUUUGGUCCCUGUCCCUUUGAGCGCAGUUUGUGUUGUAACCCCAUCCAUUCCUAGUUUGCAAGUUCCUUCCCCACCCAUUUAGUUGCUGGCUUUAAUUUUAUCCCUGCUCCUUUCCUCCCAGGCUUCGUUCUAUCCCUAUCCUUUCCUCUUAGGCUGCAUUCUAACCUCACCCCUUUCCUCUCAGGCUGCGCUCUAUCCCUGUCCUCACUGGCGGAGAGUGGUGCCUGAGGGGCAUGUGGUUUGGUUGGCAGUAAUUGACGGACGGUGGACGCAGAAUAAUCCCGGCUGCAGGUCAUUACUCCUGGGUGUAAUUGUUAAACCUAUUUGAAUUAUAAAAUUCAAAAUAUACCCUUUACUGCUACUAUUAUACCCUAUACCCUGUACUGCUGAUAUUGAAAUGUAUACACUGAGGUGUGGUAUUUGAGGCUAGGUGGCUUUAAAGGACCACUCUAGGCACCCAGACCACUUCAGCUUAAUGAAGUGGUCUGGGUGCCAGGUCCAGCUAGGGUUAACCCAUUUUUUUAUAAACAUAGCAGUUUCAGAGAAACUGCUAUGUUUAUUAAUGGGUUAAGCCUUCCCCCCUAAUCCUCUAGUGGCUGUCUCAUUGACAGCCACUAGAGGCGCUUGCGUGCUUCUCACUGUGAUUUUCACAGUGAGAGCACGCAAGCGUCCAUAGGAAAGCAUUGAUAAUGCUUUCCUAUGCAUUUUCUUGGGGCUAAGCCUUUGGCCUGUACUGUAGUCUUGUCAGCCGGGAGGAGGAGGAGGAGAGCUCUCCGCCCAGCGCUGGAAAAAGGCAAGUUUUAACCCCUUUCCCCUUUCCAGAGCCAGGCGGGAGGGGGUCCCUGAGGGUGGGGGCACCCUCAGGGCACUAUAGUGCCAGGAAAACGAGUAUGUUUUCCUGGCACUAUAGUGGUCCUUUAAAAAAACAAAACUAUACUAGUGUAUCUGUCAAAUCAAUGUAUGUGUCUGUCAAAUUAGUGUGUGUCAGUCUAAUCAGUGUAUGUAUCAGUGAGUUACUGUGUCUGUUAGUAAGUGUAUCUGUGUCAAAUCAAAGUGCGCCUGUCGUUGGAAAUGUGUGUUGGUUGACCAAUUUGUGUGUUCGUGUAUGUGUAUCCGUGAAAGAGUAAAGGGGUCUUUCUAUGAUUCUUGCACCAGGGCCCUGUCAUUCCUAGUUACGCCGCUGAUUAUCUCCUUCCUUUACUACUUUUUCUUUUCCUUCUUUCUUUUAUUUUAUGUUAAGAAAACCAAGUAAACAGAAAAUAACUUAGCUUGCAGAAGGAAAAUAACAGAACUUGCCAAUGUUCAAUAUCACCUAAAUGCCAUGCUUCUAACUGUCCCUGUUUUCGCACCAAGAAAGAUUUAGCAAACAGAGGCGUGUUGUGCAUUUUUGUGAGGUGUCUCUGGAUGGCUGGAGUGAGGUACGCGCCUGCGCAGAGCAUGUGGUCGUGUUGCCCGGUAGCUUUCUGCUUUCUUUAUAAUGUUCCAUUGUGACAUUACGGGCUUGUGAAGUUAUGUCACUGAAGCAUACCUGGGCGGGUUUUAAGGAGCCAAAGAUCCGAGACGUAGCAAUCUAGAGACAGGAGAGAAACUAAUAACCCUCUACCUGUACCCACCUGGCCAGUCAUUAUCUGCCACUGACCACCAUGAAAGCUUGAAUUGCCCACUAGUGGACGGUAGGGACCAGGUUGCCUACCACUGGGUUAGAUGGUCAGAAUUUUUUUUUUCAGAUAUAUCUUGUUUCUUGUAAGUUAAAACUAUUAAAUCUAAAAUACUAUUAAAAAAAAAUAAAAAAUAUAUAUAUAUAAUAUACAUCUGCGAAUAUUUUAAUUCAGAUGUGAAAGGAACACUAUAGGGUCAGGAAAACAAACAUGUAUUCCUGACCCUAAAGUGAAAAUCCACCAUUUAUGUGGCUUGCCCCCUUAGCCUCCUCAGAAUGGUUAAAACUGCCACCUUGGUUACAUCAUCAGAAUUGCCGAUUUUUAGCUAAAAUCGGCAAGGGGGUGGGGCCAAGCGCCAUUUUGACCAAUCAGCACCUCCUCAUAGAGUUGCAUUGAAUCAAUGCAUCUCUAUAAGGUAAAUUAAGCGUCUCCACUCUCUGAACGGCAGGGCUGCCUACUGUGCAGCACUGCGCCAGGAAGCACCUUCAGUGGCCAUCUGAGGAGUGACCAAUUGGAGGUGUCCCUAGGAGCAAUGUAAAUGAAAAGACAAUGUUUGCAUGAAAAUGCCUGAAGGCAAUGCUUAUACUCAACAGAACAACUACAUUAAAAUGUCGUUGUUCUGGUGAAUAUAGUGUCCCUUGAACAUAUUCUUUGUUUCUUGUUCAUUGCCAUGUUUUAUAAUUUCCAAGACAUUUGCAUUUAAAUAAUGUUUCCAAAACAAAUACCUAUUCUGGUUCUUCCUACUGUCUUUGGACAACUAGAAUUCAAAAUAUGGUUAGCGACCAAGAGGAGAAUAUGGUGGCAAACAUUACUGCUCCUCAAUUUAGCCAUUUUUCUCUAUUCAGGAAUCUUAGUGAUUUCAUUUCUUGAAAUCGCUAUUGCAAUAGGUAUCUUCCAUGGAUGAUUGCACCCCUCUGCAGUGGAUUUCCACCUAUUGGCUCAUUUUGCCAAAACUCAGGUCACACAUGGGAUAAAAUAGGUCCUUACUUUGUCUUUGUUAAAACUGCUGAGUUAGAAUUCCAGCGCCGUAAUUUUAAAAGAAACCGAGGCGGAACAAACCUAGCAGUAAUAUGCACAUUCCUAACAGAUUCUGGAUUGGUACAAAUGGUAUUGUCAUGCUGAUUACACAUUACAAUUGGUGUAAAAUGACUGUACCAUAUACAGCAAGGAAUGGCUGUUUUGCACAAGUGUGACAUGAUUUCAUUGAUCCAUGAUGCAAGCAAUCUUCCUCCCUUUCCGCCAAGUACCCCACCCAUAAAGAAGUUUUCCAUUUAUAGUACUCUUGUCUGCCUCAGUUUAUCUUUCAUUAAGGCUGUGCCCGUACUUUGUAAUGAACUACCCUUAUUCAAAAUGUGUUCAUUUGAAAUAAAUCCUAUGAUCUCCAGUAACUGCAUUAUUGAUUUUUAGUAGCAGGCAUUCAAACUUCCCCUUUGCAAAGUAACUUCACUGCAUGGGAUCAACACUCCUCUUCUGACUGCAUGAUACACUGUACUGAAAAAAAAGUGUCUACUAGAAUGUGACAAAGAAGUCUCAUUACUGCACAUGGUGGAAAUGUAUAUUGUCCCUACAGAGGAUCCUCUUACCUUUGCCCCCAUAACAGUGCUUUGUAGGAUGUGUAGGAGAUGCUGGGACCUGCCUCCUACAUCUUUUUGUAUAUAUAAUAGCUCCCUCUCGGCAGCGGCCAGAGUGUGGCUACAUGGGGGAAAAGGUCUGGUUGCCCGGUAACGCAGGACAGGUCCCAGGACGGAAGCUACAAACAUUGGACUGUCCUGGCAAAAAUGGGGCAGUUGUGAAACUUUAAAAAAAAAUAAAAAUUUUUUUUGUUUGUUUUCUACUUUAAUCACUACAUAUAGGAUGAUUGGAACAGUAAAAUGCUAUGCCAAGCAGCAGGUCAUAUACAAAACUUAAUUUUCCCAGCAGAUGAUCAAACUGCAGCUCUUGGGGAUAUUUUAAAUCCCAUGCAAAGAGAAAAAUAUUUUCAUUUGUGUGUUUGUUUUUUUUUUUUUUUUUUCUUACAAAUGAACAGCUUUGCAUGUUGAUUAAGUAUUUUAUUCCAGGCUGAAUUUUUUUUUCAAUUUAUUUAUCUCCAAAAAGUUUUUUUUCCAAUGACUAAUUUGCUAAUAUUUUUAUCUCACCAAGCAGAAAAAAGUUUAGCAGAAGAUCUAUCAGUGUAACAUUGAGGCUGUGGCCAUUUUGGGAUUGCAUCACGAUUUUUGAACACUUGGUGAUGGUGACUCAUACCAUUUAAAAAAAAAAAAAGACUGCAGUGAGCAGAUAAUGUCAUCCCCAUUUAAUGGCAGGAGCUUCCUAGACUUGGCUUGUUCUCAGUUCAUAUUUGAUACAUCAGGACUGCUAAUUGCAAUGCUCUUGAGAAUUUUCUGUACUGCCACCAAAUUCUUAACAGCCUACUAAGGCAUUCCUCCAGUGCCCUUAUGUGGUUUUCAGUACAACGCAAAUGCUUUUCGAAAUAUUUUUUAUUUAUGCAUUUUUAUUUGAUCUUGGCGUUUAUGACUACCUUUGGCUAGUAUUUUUGACUAAGAGUAUCUCUUGUGACAUGACUUAAGCUUGUCUUGUGCAUCUUAAUUUUCUUCUUGGUUUUUCCAUUAUACCUGGACAGACAAGAAACCUCUGACUGUCACUUUUCUCUUUUCCUUAUCCUAUCCACUGCUAGACCUGCUGUCUGCUAGAAGGUUUUCAGCAUUCAGUAAACUAGAAAUGUAUCUUUGUACUCUCUGAUGCCAUGUGCCCAAAAUGCCCUAGAUGUGAUGGAAAUUACUGUAUGUAUUUAUUUAUUUUAGCUGAACAAACAAGUAUAUAUUUUUUUUAAUUUGAAUCUUUUUUUUUUUUUUGUUUCAUUUUGUUUGAGAGUUUCGAUGCUGUCAAUAUCAUUAUCAUACAUAUCCUCUCCCCUCCCUGCACCUCCAGCAUUUCUCAGGUACCUGGGGGAAAACGGUAUGCAGGUGUUCCGGACUACGAUACCAUCUGGCAAUAGUUUUGUAGUUCAUCUCUAUCGUAGGGAUGUCCAUGGUAUUUCUAUGAUCAUGGUGGAACAUUUUAUCACAGUCUGUGGGAGUGAAGGGGAGGCCCAACUCCCUCUCCCACACUGCUGUAAAACUGGGAAGUAUGGUAUUUGUAUUUGCUUGUAAGUGGGAAUAAACCUUUGACAAUGAAAGUGUAUGGGUGUUAGGUUGAGAACACCAUUUCUCGAAGGGGGUGUGUUCCGCGAGCGUGGUCAUGUUGUGUGCAGAAGUGGCGAACUGAGCCAGUUGAUAUUGUAAGAAUGAUGGGCAUGGAUUCGGGCACAGGACAGAAAUGGGUCUGACCAUAUGUCCGUAAAUAACAUUGUGCAGCGAAACAUAGGGGAGAUAAGUAGGUUUGAGGCCUUGUACCCCUCGAGGAUAAAUCGUGUACAAGCAAUAUUAACGUUAUAGGUUAAAAAAGACCUAUAGUCACUAGAACAACUACAGCUUAAUGUAGUUGUUCUGGUAAAUCUAGUGAGUCCCUGAAGGCUUUUUUCUAUAAACAUGAUCAUUUCAAAGAAAAGGCAGGGUUUACAUUACAGCCUAGGGACACCUCCAGUGACCAUAUCUCAGAUGGCCACUAGAGGUGCUUCCUAUGGAAAGCAUUGUGAUUGGCUGAGAUCACUUCUGAUGAUCAGCCAAGGAGGCAGAUCAGAGGCAGCGCCAGCACCAGCAAACUGGAAUAAAGGUAAGAUUUUACUAUAUUUAGGAGGGCAGGGGGGCUAGAUUGUGCCAUAACACUAUAGGGUCAGAAAUACAUGUUCGUGUUUCUGACCCUAUAGUGUUCCUUUAAAUACAAACCUGUUGCCUAUAAUCAUUAUCAAUGUAUUUGGCUAUCUGUAAACUUCUAUCAGUGAUGUAGUUGAAAAUCCCAUAAAAACAGCAUUUGUUGUUUUAUCCUCCGAAUGGUAGAACCUUUGUAUAAUAAGCUGAUGGUGCAUUAGGUAUAUAAACUGUUAGAAAAUAAUGAAAAGUAUGGUGUAAUAUUUCUGGGUUGCACACAAUCCUCACAUGAGAAGCUUUUAAGCAUGCUGAUAAAACUGCACUACAUCCUAUUGGCAUUCAGUAAUUUUAAUUAACUUCCUUUGGUAAAUUAACCAAUAGUGACAAAUUGCAGGAUGCUUUCAUUUCUAAUUGGUGAUGUUAUCCUGAAUAGUUUUGAUUUUGUGCUUCCUGUGCUAAAGAUUAAUUAUCCAGAAGCUGUUGGCUAUAUCCAAAUGCAUGUUUCAGUGUAACUAAAAGCAAAGUAAUUGCUACAUAGAUAGUGUUUUGGUUUUCUUUUCUUAAUAUAAACAUAAACAUUGUGCCAUAUUCUUGAAUCACUCUCAAGGUUUAUAAAUGUAGGGAAAAGGUUGGUUUCAACUGAGGUAAGAUUAGGAACUCUUCUGGUGAACAGAGGCACUCGGUAUACUCGUGAUCUCGUCUGGGUUUUGGUUUUUUUUGUGCUGGUGGGGGGUUUGGAUGGUGAGCAAACCGCACUGGGUCGAUUUGGUCAUGGCAUUCUAUAGAAAAUAUGACAUUCUAUAGGUCACUCAAGGGUAUUAGCCACUGCAGGAUGAGUUCUAAAUGAAUGCAGGGUUCAGAGGGCACUUCUCUUCAAGCCUAGAAACCUACUCCUGGAGACUACAAUAUUGGUUCUGUGAAACGUUCGUGGUUUUGGGCUUCUUCUCCAUUUGUGCAUCACCAAUGCGUGUGCAUCGACAUAGACAUCUUAUCGCGCACAUAUGGAUUAUUUGCAUACCCGCUAACCUGAAAGCAGCAUUGACGACCUGAAGUAGGCUCAAGAACCGCAGAUUAAUUCCCAUUCAGGGUACCAUUUGUGUAUCAAUUACUUUAAGUCAGAAUGCUAGAUAAACUAUUUGUUUAUUCAGUCUGAUGUAUUAUGAUGUCUUUACACACACACAUAUACACUUUCUAUUUGAUAGAGCCAUAUACUUCGUUAGCAGUUUCUGUUACAUGUGUGAUGGGUUAGCUAAAUGUGAUUAUUUAGAGUUUGAACUAUAACUAGUCCCUAAAUGAUGCAGGGAGUACAACAAUUUGGAGAGCUUGAUCAUGUUAUAAAAGUUAAAUGAAUGUACUAAAUUUAGAAUUAACUCCAAAUUGAAGCAUAUCAAGGCUUGACACAAAGGGGGAUAGGAUCAAGCUGUUACAGUUCCUUUAACACGCAGGGAUCGGGGAGAGGAUUUAAAAUCGGCUAAUCAAAUAUUCUAUAAAGUAAUAAAUAAUGGGUUAUUUUGAAUAACUAACACAUUUAGUAUAUAUACUUUUGAGAGCCAUGGACGCUGCACUUAUGUAUAAUAACCAUGCUGUGAAAAAUUGCAAUGAGAACAUCUUGGUUUUUUUUUUGUUUCUUUCUUUGUAUCACUACCUAUUGGUGACCUUGUCCCCCACAUGUUUUGUGAAUGUCAGAGUUUCCUUAAACUAACCUAGGAUCCAGACGCGUUGGGCGAGGUUCAUAAUGGUGUCAGCUUUUUCUGCCUUUACCUCAUUUCUUUUGUUUGUGGGGUUUUUUUUGUUGGUGUUGUCAGGCAGGCACAUCCCAUUUAUUAUUGAUUUUGUGUCUGUGUUUUUUUGUUUUUUUUCUACAUUUUUUGCAUAGAAAGUGUUUUUUUUUAUUUUUUUUUUAAAGUGAUUUUAUUUUUUUAAAAAGAAUAUGAUUAGAUGACUAAUUUACAAAAUAACUUUCACAACACAAACACACAAGAUAGCCAAAGCACUAUUCAAAUAUUUUUCCAGUGUUGAGCAGUCGUGGUCUAAAUGAUAGCACUGUAAUCUUUAUUCUGUAUAAUGUAGGUUAAAUAGUUUAAUUUAUUCCUAAAAUGCUUUUUAAUCCACCUUUAAAGGCCUACUUAUUCUUUUCAAUUAAAUGCAAUACAGAGUGAGGGCCCCAAGCCCGAGAGUGAACCCGAUAAAGACUUUGUAUUGUUUAUAAAUAUAUUCAUUCCUUUACCAAACAUUCAUCUGCUACAGAGGUAAAUUGAGAUCAUAUUUUGAUGAUGGCUAGUGUAUGGCUGUGCUUCCACUGUGUGGGAUAUCCUAUUAUUUUGUCUAACUAUAUAUUUAUAAAAUCUGUUACUGAGGUCCUGCUAUCAAAUAUUCCAGAGUUUUCUAAUCUCACUCUUAUCACUGCAGAUUUAUCAUAUGUAAAGCUUUUAGUACAGUGCACAGAGCCAGCAGCCUUCAUCAUUGCAGCACUCUUCAAUUACACUCUGUGUUAAAUCAGUCUCUGUGUUGAAGUAUUCCGCUAGAGUGCUCCGCACUGAGGACUCUUUAAAAGUAGAUGAUGGGCAUAAAUAAGAAGCCCCAUGCACACACAGGCUGAUCAGCCACUAAUUCAUACUUAACCCCUUAAGGACUGGACUGUUUUUGCGAUGUUGUACAUUUGCGACCAGGAAUAUUUUUACACUUUUGUGGUGUUUGUGUUUGGCUGUAAUUUUCCGCUUUCUCAUUUACUGUUCCCAUACAAAUUAUAUAUUGUUUUUUUCAGGACAAAAUGGGCUUUCUUUACAUACCAUUAUUUAUAUAAUCUCAUGUAUUUUAAUUUAAAAAAAAUACAAAAAUCUGAUGAAAAAUUGAAAAAAAUACAUGUUUUUGACUUUUACUUGAAAAAUCUUUUACUCAUCUACAAAAGCGAAUGAAAAGAACUGCUAAAUAGAUUCAAAAUUUUGUCCUGAGUUUAAAAAUACCUAGUGUUUACGUGCUUUUUUGCUUUUUUUUGCAUGUUAUAGGGCUAUAGGUACAAGUAGGAUAUUGCGGUUUAAAAACAUACAUUUUUAAAAUUUAUCAAUAGUGACAUUGUAACACUAUUAUCUGUCAUAAAUCUCUGAAUAACACCCCACAUGUACAUAUUUUUUUUAAAGUAGACAACCCAGGGUAUUCAAUAUGGGGUAUGUCCAGUCUUUUUUAGUAGCCACUUAGUCGAAAACACUGGCCAAAGUAAGCAUUCAUAUUUGUUUGUGUGUGAAAAAAGUAAAAAAACUAAAUUGAACGCUAAUUUUGGCCAGUGUUUGUGACUAAGUGGUUACUAAAAAAGACUGGACAUACCCCAUUUGCAAUACCUUGGGUUGUCUUCUUUUGCAAAUGGUAUGCCAUCAUGGGGUAAUUCUCAUUCCUGGGCUACCAUACGCUCUCAAAGGCAACGUAACCAACCUGGCCAUUUUCAAUGUAAAAUAUUUGACCCAUAUAUUUGACCUUGUAACUUUCAAAAAUGCUAUAAAACCUGUACAUGGGGGGUACUGUUUUACUCGGGAGACAUCGCUGAACACAAAUAUUAGUGUUUAAAAACUGGAAAACGUAUCACAACAAUUAUAUCAUCAGUAAAAGUGCUGUUUGUGUGUGAAAAAUGCAAAAAAAGUAACUUUCACUGACAAUAUCAUCGCUGUGAUAUGUUUUACUGUUUUGAAUCACUAAUAUUUGUGUUCAGCGAAGUCUCCCGAGUAAAACAGUACCCCCCAUGUACAGGUUUUAGGGUGUCGUAGAACGUUACAGGGUAAAAUACAGUGCUAACAAAUUAAAUUCUCUGGAAUUUCGGCCUGGGUUGGCAGGCAGGUCCCUCAAAUUGCAAUCAAUAAAAUUACUGAAUUAUGUAAAAAUAUUACAUAAAUACGCACGUAGAAUUUAAAUAUAUAUGCAUAUUUAUAUAUUUGAAGUCUACGUGUAUAUUUAUAUAAUUAUUUAUGUAAUUUUGUAUAUGGACGUAUGUAUAUUUCUUAUUAUUUUUAUUUAUUUUUAUAUACAUAGAUAUAUAUACAAAUUCAUUCUAAGUGUAUUUUGAUAUAAAUAUAUAUAUAUUAAUUUUAAAAUACAGUUAGAAUAAAAUUUCAUAUAGCUAUAUAAUUUUUUUAAAUUUUUUUAUUAUUUUAAAAAAUUUUUAUUUAAUUUAAAUUACUUAUUAUUUAUAUUUUAUAAUAAUAUAUAUAUACAAUAUAUAUAGUUAUUAUAUAUAUUAUAUAUAUACGUGUGUAAUUUAAUUAUAAGUGUAUUUUAUAUUAAUAUAAGUACAUAUUAAUAUAAAAAUACACUUAGUAUGACAUUAUAUAUAUAUGAUAUAUAGACAUAUAUUAUAUAGAUAUAAUAUGUCUAUAUAUCAUAUGUAUACAUAUAUAAUUAUUAUUAUUUUUUUUAUUACCAUUAACUUUAAUUUUUUUUCUGAUUUUACACUAGCAGGGAGACUGCCUGUCAGUACAGGCAGUCCCCCUGCAGGCAGACACAUGGACACCUAUUGUGACCAUGUGAUCGCUGUGUUAAGCGAUCACAUGGCCACAGGGGUCCUAAUCUGCCGUGGGGAGACUGUCUGGGCUGCAGACAGUCUCCCCACAACCGGAGGAACACUGAUCGCCGCCGGGGGAACGACGGCGAUCAGGUAAGUAGCCCCAGACCGUUUGGACGGUUCAGGACCGUCAUCGGUCCUCAAGGCAAAAAUGCCGAUGACGGUCCUGAACCGUCCUCGGUCCUUAAGGGGUUAAAGGACCACUAUAGGCACCCAGACCACUUCCACUUAAUGAAGUGGUCUGGGUGCCACGUCCAUCGAGGAAAAACCCUGCCUGCUGUAAACAUAGCAGUUUCAGAGAAACGUCUAUGUUUACUAUAGGGUUAAUCCAGCCUCUAGUGGCUGUCUCAUUGACAGCUGCUAGAGGCGCUUCCGCGCCUCUCACUGUGAUUUUUCACAGUGAUAAGACGCCAGCGUCCAUAUGAAAGCAUUGAGAACCUUUCGCGCAUGGCCGCGCAUGCGCAUUCAGCCUAUGGCGACCGAAGGAGUGGGAGUGGGACCCUGAGGGUGGGAUGAUGGGCAUAAUUAAGUAGGCCCCAUGCACACACUGGCUGAUCAGCCACUAAUGCAUACUUAAAGGACCACUAUAGGCACCCAGAUGAGUUUGUUUUCCUGACACUAUAGUGGUCCUUUAAAGUUUAGGUCUACUCUUCUUUAUUGCACUGGAAGAGGAAGUCAGCUGACCCCACUCUUUGGUACCUGUGGUUAACUGCAGGCCUGAUUUCCACACUUUUUAUUAUACUGACUGAUGUGAGGUGCUGGGUGCUUCCAGAUAUGUGGGAACCCUAAAUAUAUUUGAGGCAUAUAUACAAUAAAACAUUUAGCAUUUUCCAAAGUGCUCUAAAAUUUUGACAUGAUAAAAAUGAAUCUGUGACUUCUCUGAAAAAUACACAAUUGAGCAAAACAACGGAAUAUCUACAAAUGCAAAAAUAAGGCACAUAUAGAGUAGAAAGUAAAAAACACCUAUUUAUGUUCAAUUUAUUGGUAAAAAUAACACACAUUUGUCAAUAAGAAGGCAAUUCAAUAUGUAGGCUGUUCAGUUCCGAGAUUCUUUCAAGCUGCUUAGAGGAUCAUGUGGGAAAAAAAAAAACCAUAGUGCAAUAUAUCCAAAAAUUCAAAAUUGAGCAAAACAUUUAAAGUCCCAUAUAAAUUGGGCCAACAACUUUUUUUAUUUGAUGCUUUUUCUUUUAAAAUGUAGAAAAAAGAUUUAGCAAGUGACUUUGUUCAGUCAAAGCAUAACCAGGGCACAGAAUUCAAAUGAGGAAGAGAGCAGAAACAUUGUUUCAAUUUAUCUUCUUCACUAACCACAUUUAAUGACAAAAAAGGGCUAAAGGUAUUAUAUUUGAAAGGGAAACAAAGUGGAAGAGACCAGUUCCAGGACAUUUGUGAAUUUCUACAUUUAGUGUUCGUAUUCAUUCCUUGCCUAACCAGUUUUGCUCAAUAUAGGAGAUAAGUUUAAAAAAAUAUAUAUUGAACAAGUCUGGGAUGUAACAGUUUUCCACUUCCUUUGGAGAUGGUAAACAGAAAUCAGAAACAGUGGGAUGGGGAUACUAAACUAGUCCUUUAGAGAGCUAGACUUAAUUUUUUUUAAAAACACUUAUUGUGAAAGUGUGUGCUCCUUUCAUUUUUCUAUCUUUAAAAAGUAUAAACAAACUAUCCUCUUUCAGAAAAGAAAUUGGAGCUCUGGUUUUCAUCUGAAAUCAUUGUGUGGUUGCCAUUUCCUUCCUUCAGUUACACCUUUUAUCUAUUAAAUUACAGCUUGGCAAUAUUAAAAAAAAAAAAAAAAAAAUGUCCUUUUCCUGUGUUUCAGUCUACAUCUUUGAAUUAUUAUUUUGUAACUAUAACCAGUUUUUUGUUUUUUGUUCUGCGAUAUCCCUGUAGUUCUGUUGCUUAGAGCAGGUGUCCAAAUUUAGCUCUCUGGCAGCUGUUACACCACAACUGUCAUAAUUUCCUGUCGGCCAACUGUUGAACGACAGCAGACAUUAUGAGAGUCACAGUCCAGUAACAACUAGGGCAAGUGUGAACACCCCUGAGAACAAGAUUGGGAAAGCCACAAGUUAGUAAAUUUCCGAUAAUAGAAUGAGUUUUACAAAAAAAAAAAAAAAUUCAUCUCAGUGUGUUAAGGAAGUGUCUCUUUAUCUGCAGUUUCAUUUUCCAUUUUAUCUAUGGGUAAACUGCUUGUGUUGGUUUUGUUUAAUCUUUCUGUAGCAGUUGUCUCAGAACCUUAUCCCUGCAUGGUUGUUAACUUUAUUCUGGAAACUAAUUUUGUUUUUAUCUUUGUCUUCACUAAAUAGAACAUUACGUAUAAGUAAGAGGGGGAAAAGACUGUAUUAUAAUACAAAAUAGUAAUGAGCCUAGGGAAUACCAGUAUUUUAUAAUACAAAAUAGUAAUGAGCCUAGGGAAUACCAGUAUUUUAUAGUACAAAAUAGUAAUGAGCCUAGGGAAGCUUACCAGUAUUUGUCAAUCACAUAAAGAGAGAAAUAUUGAAUUGUUCUGAAAAGUGUUCCAGAGAGUACAGCAUGGAGGUCUAUGGCAGAUCCCGUGAAACCACGGGGUCAUCUAUAGAGCCAAUUCCCUGCAGGCAUCACUGAUGGGGGAUUGAUUAACACUUCUAGCCUACCAUAUAUGACUACUUUCUAGACGUGUCAGUCCGAGGAAAUAUACAGUAGUCCCUACUUUCUCAGUAUCUCUCUUGAAUGGGUUGGAAUUUCAGUGAAAUUCCAACACCAUCAAAAUGAUUAAUUCAUAUAGAUUAUAUCUUUAUAAAAUACAAUUUUAUUUUUAUUUUUUUAUUUGGGUGGGGAGGUGCGUAAUAGCUCAGCUUUAAAGUGUUAUUGUGGGGUAAUAGGAAUGAUAGGGGCUGUAGUAAGUGCACAGGAGAUGGGGCUAUAGGGUGUAAUAUAUAGGCUGUAGUUGGUGCAGGGGAGAAAGGGAGUAAAGAGGCUGUAGUGGGUGCAGGUUUUACCUUGUCACCCUUUGUGUCUGUUCACUUUCCGCCCUGUACUUCCUCAUAUCUGACACGUGGUGGGAGCCUUCUGGAUACGUAUAUAGGCCCCUCUAGGAGACUGAAAAAAAGACCUGGCAAGGCAUGAUCUGGGUGGGGGCAAUUUCCCCUAUGUAGCAAAGCCUAUGCCAGCACCCAUCCGACAUCGGUAGCAGUGCAGAUGGCGGGUGUAGACAAAGAAAAGUGGAAUUCACUAUAUUGUCAUCUCUUACACCUCAAUCUGAUACAACCAUUACGAACUAUAAGAACCAGUUUAAAAUAUUUCUUCUAAUAACACUAGUCUGUCACAUACAUUUACUUAUUCGCCUGCUUAGAAUGCUCUAUACACGCAUUCAACUGUCAAUUCAAACUGUCAUUAAUAUUUUCAAACAAACCAAAAAAUUACAAGUAUAUAUGGCACUAGAAAUAUAUUGAUCGUUAAAUAGCAGCAUCUUAUCCGUGUAUUUAGCUCCACAGAACACUGCAUAAAAAUGUACAAACCAAAUAAUAAAGUGCGCUUGUGCCUUUCAAAUAUACAUGCUUUUAAAAUGUCACAAAGAUGUUAAGCAAACAGUGCUUAUUAAUUAUUGUGCAAAUGACACAUCCAAUUGUGCUUCAAUUAAAGUGCAAUUACAGAUUUGUAUUUGUUUUUUUGUUUUUGUUUUAUAAGUCUUUAUUUUUUGCUGUGCAUGAAAUAACAUAAGCAGGCUUGCAAUGCCAUGACAGCAGUUACAUGCAGUUUGAAAACAAGCAUAGGUGAACAUUUGCAUGGCAUUCAGAGAAAAGGCACAAUUUUAUAAAAUGAAUAAUGCAAGCUAAAUAAGUAUUUCUAAUAUGCUGGGUCACGUGGAAAUCGUCAAGCUUGAGACAUUAAACAGGUAGUGAGUGAUUCUUAUAUUUUGGUUUGAUUAAUAUUUUCGAUGUAUGACUUUCACUUCUGUUUGAGAUAUAUAUUUUUUUUUUAAUAAUGAACAUCUCCUGUUUCGGAAUUAAAACCAUUCACUGGCAAUUACUCCAAUAUUGUCAUACAAUAGUCACUUUCAUCUUUGAAUUAGGCCCCUGUAGCUUGGGACCCAUUUAACAUUCUUUCCGUGUCUCUUCCUCUAUCGCUGCAUGUGUCCCUCAAAUUAUAGCCUUUUGCCAUUGUUAUUAAUAUAAUUAUAAGCAUCUGGUUUUGUUAUAUGCUCUGUUGGAUUUUAUUUCUGCAGGCUUCACCACAACCUGUUGAAUGUCUUAUUUGUAAUAAACAAAGUAUCAUGGGAGCUGAAUAACUUCCAGACUUGCUAACAAACCUUUAGCGAAAUGUAAAGUCACUUGCAAAGUAGUUAAAUAGAAUGCGAGACAAACAAUGAUAGAAUCAAAUCUUUACCCAGUAGAGGGCACAGAGGUUUAUGUCUUGGUAAUCGGAAACAUCAUUCAGACCUCCAUUUUUAAAAAUCUUUUUUUAUUUAUGUUUUGGAUCAUAACUUUGAACUGUCCAUAUGUUUGUAUGGGUUGAGAAUGUCUAACUUAUGUUAUCAGUACUUUUAUUGUAAGCAGUUUGAUGAUCUAAGAGAAAUGAUGGAUGCAUGUCUAAAAUGUUUGGUCAAUUACUGUGCUGUGUUUUUAAUCUUGGAACUAUACUUUUUAUUGAAUUAUUAUUUUUUAAUGGUGUCUGUAUGCUAUACUUUUUUUUAAACUUUUUUUUUUGUCAUUUGGAGAUUUUUAAAUUAAUUUUUUUCAUGCCACCCAUUCCUUUUCAUGACAUUGUGUCAUAUUCAUUGUUUCUGUAGACUGUUCUCCCACUGUGGGGCACUGUUUAGCUAUGAAAGAUCAUGUUUUCGAAAGUCAUUUGAAGCAUGUGUUUUAUGAGAUAAUUUCACAUAAUCCAGGCAGCCUUUUGGGAUACCUACGUGUGACAUGGUAAUUAUACAUUUUAUUUAAUGAUUUACACUUCAUGAAUAAUGUUUAAGGCAUACUUUCAGUUAUUCAGCAAAGUUAGAAUUCAAAGUGGAUUUCACAUUUAAAGGGUUGCUCCAAGCUCAAUUACCACUUCAGUCAUUUGAGGUGGUCAUGGUGCCUAGACUCUGCACAUACUGAGUUUAAGCACUUUGCUAAACAUUACAAAUUAGACACACUGACCUCAGAAGACGCAACUUUUGGGCGCAAGGUGUUACAAGCAGUUGUGAAAUAUUGGGGGAAAUUUUGGGGAUUGCCUGCUUGUUUUUUCCCUCCAGAUUAGAAAUUUUGGUUGUUCAGCACUGCCUCUAAUCUGAAGGGAAAAUAAAGAUUAAUGUGACUAGAAAACCAUGGGUGCAGCUAUACAUUUUUGCUUCUAUAUAUAAAUAUAUUUUGGGAGCGCGGAGGUUACUCUAUCCAAAAUCAGUGUUUUCCUAAACAUAUGUUCUCUACUGUUCUAGCUGACCUAGAUAUGUUUUCAGUUAUUUUUACUUUGGAUUUGAAAUUCACUUUGAAUUCUCACUUUGGUUAUUAACCCUAGUUGUUGAAAUGGUACCUGAGUUUUUUUUUUUAAUAUAUUUUUCAUUCAUUUACUAUAUGGAUGAUAUCACUUUUCUAUGAAGUAGGACUUUGACUUGUACGUUCCCCUGAAAGCGUAAAUGAUUCGGCACCUGUAUGGAAUCUAGUUCUACCUGUUAUGACAAAUAUUUUAACCUUGUCAAGUUCUUUUAAUGUGCAGUAGUUUUAAAUGCAUAUUUCUGGCAAGUUUUUCAAAAAAUGUUUUUUUCUUUUUUUCAAACAACUACCUGUAAAGGUUACGUUUUAUUAUAGUAGUUUAUACCUGUGACUAGUCAAGCAUUCCUUAUAAGGAAACAUGAAUUUAUGGCGUUUAAUAAGUAACUAGUACAGGAUUUAACUUAGAGCUACAGCAAAAACUACAAACUACAAAUCGUCAUUUUACGGAAGGACACUUCACUUGUGUUGGUCCUAAUCAUUCAUAAAAAUGUCUCUGGUUUAUUUAUAUGCAGAUACAACCGGUAAGUACUUACUAAAUAAACAAAACUGUGUGGUGCAUAGUAAAUAGAUGUGAUUUGUUAUUUUUAUAAUUCUAGAAAUUCCUGCAUUUGUUGGUAUACCUCUAGUUAUGUUCCAUCUCUAUUAUUUUACUUUUUGAGUCUAAUUUAUUCAAGAAACAUAAAUGGGUACAUUUUGGUUGAUAUACCUGUGUAGGGGAAGAAUGGUUGAUGUAAAAUGAGUGAAAUGUAUGCUCCACAUCGUUGAACAAAUGGUCUUCAAAAUCUUAACGUACUGGUUAUGGUGUCUACAGCCUGUCCCUGCAGGCUUUUCAAUGUAAACACUGCCUAGGAUCACCUCUAGUGGCAGACAGUCACUCAGACUGCCACUAGAGGUACUUCCUAUCUUAGUGCUGCACUGUUUGCAGCACUGGCGUUCAGCGUCUCCACACUACAUAGAUGCGUAACGUUUCCCAUAGGAAUGCAUUGGUUCAAUGCAUCUCUAUGAGGAGAUGCUGAUUGGCGCUAAGCAGUGUUUGCCCAACAUGCACAAUAGCCUCUCAAUGGUUUCCUAUGAAAAAGCAUUGGAUUGGCUGUGAUCGCCAUUAAGGUGGGGCCAGCUGUGGACACACUGGCACGGCAUGGGGAAAAAACAUGGGUGUAUAGUCAUUAAAAUGGCCACUUUAGAACUAUAGCGCCAGGAAUACACGUUUGUAGUGGUAGAAAAGGAUGUAGCUGCCAAUUGCUUUGUGUCGGUCUCUGGGAAGACUAAGAGUUCCUGGAUUUUAUAAAAUCUAGGGUAAACAAUUUACAUGAUAAUGUCCAGACUGUGCUAGUAUAUCAGUAUAUUGUUUGACUCCAUGCAUGUAUUUUAGAAUGGGGGCAGGGUGCAAAGACCCCAGAAUAUGUUGGGUUUAGUCUAUAGAUGAAGAUUUAGAGCAUUCCUAUGUCAACGGAGAGAGGACAGGUUAAAGAGUGAAAUGUGACAAAAUACCUAUAUUUGGGAGCCAGUUAUCAAACCGGCUUCAAACAAAGGGAGCGUUCUGUCAUUUGGAUACACCAACUUACAGUGGUGUAUCCUGGUUUUGUGCUGCCCUAGGCUAACUAGGCAUUUGCCCUGGGCAUUUGGGGGGCGGCGUUUUUUGCCGCCCCCUGAAAAAUGCCGCCCAAGGCAAAUGCCUUUUUUGCCUCGCGGCUAAUACGUCCCUGCCAACUUACCUGUAAUAACAGUGCGUACCCAGAUCGCUGUCUUGUUUUUUUGUCUUUCCAUCCAUUUAUAUCCAUUUGUGGUCGGGGACAAAAAGCCAAGUUAUGUUAGUGGUGCACAAGUCUGUUGUGGUGUGCCGAAACCGACAUUUGGGUAGGCGAAAUGUUAACCAUGUCUAAAAAAUGGACGAGGUUGUACUGUAUAAGGAAAACUUGCUCGGUUGAAUGCGGACCGAAUUAAUGGAAGGUUGAAAAUUGAUGUGCUUGAGUGGUCGUAGCAGACAAUAAAUCAUAAAAUGCAGCAAUUGAAUUGAAAGCCCAUACCAGGUGGUAGAAGCCCUCUAGUGCACGUUAAGAAACUCCUAAUGUAGGGAUUAUUUAGACUCGCUUGUAAAUUGCUUAUGAUAAGAAAAAAAUAAUUUAAAGGGGAAAACUCACUCCAAAGGUACAUGUAUGUUUUCAUUCGGGGCACAUCCACUAAACAGUGAUUUCCACUUAGUUUGUAUUUGGGCAUUGGCGUGUCUCUUUAAGUGCAUACAGCAUUAAUAGAGAUCAUACACAGUUGUAAGAAGUAGGCAAUAAAAAAUUGAUCCAGGAAUAACCUAAAGUAGCAAACUCAUUAUUAAAAGAUGUUAUUUGCAGAAAAAUAUGAAAGUAACUUUGGGCAAACGUGAGAAAUCAGGGCAACAUUAGCGAGCCAGAAUUACUUAAGGCUUAAUUAUGCAGGGAUGGCUUAGUACUUGGUAAGCAUGCAAUAAACAAAUCCCAAUAACUGAACACAUAUCAAAAUAUUUUUAAUUUUUAAAAUAACCACAUGUAUAGGUUCAAGUUUGGGCCUGACAUAAACGUAGACAGUCUGUUGCAACUCCUAGCCACAUGAUUAAUAAACAAUAUAGGUCUAAUGAGUGCCUGAAUACCCAGAGGGUAGACAAAUAAAGCAUUAAAAAUAGGUUGGCAACUGAAAUGCAUACUACAUUUUAUGAGUUUGAGUUUGUUUAGUAAGAAGUUUCAUUGUGUACAGAGAAUGUAUAUAAAAGUUAAUAUUUCGAUUUCCUCAACCAUAUGUAUAGGCCCAAAUUUGGGCCUGACCUAAAUUUAGACUGUUGCAACACCUAGCCACAUAAAUACUAAACAAUGUAGUCCUAAUUAGGGCAGACAAAUGAAACAUAAAAAGAAGGCUGACAACUGAAUUGCAUAUGAUAAGUCGAUAUGGCCAAAUACAGUAAGUAAAAGCAUGAAGCUAACUGAGGCAUCGCUGUAAUGCUAUGUACGAUUGAAAUAGGCUGGAUUUGCAUUAGUAGUGAUAUUUGCCAUAUUCGAAUGAACAAACUUCGUUUUGGAGAGAAAAUAAAAUAAAAUGUGUGAACAGUAACAGACACAGAGGUGCCCUAUAAGUUUUGAGGGAGGAGGCUCUUUACUAGAGUGAGGUAAAAUUAAUAUUUGCAUGGGACGCACUAAGCCAAGACCAGCUUGUCUGGAGUUUAGGCAGUUUGUGUUGAUGACCUUUGAACUGGAAGUAGAUGGAUCUGUACUGAGCCAGACAGUCUCAGUCCAGAGGAAGGGGCGUCCUGUGUAUUUAUAGCAAUAUCCCCUCCCACAACUACAGGCUUCGCCCACAGGCUCAGCCUUUCAGUUUGUGGAAAAAUAUACGAAAACCACAGUCGUUCUAGAAGAAGGCUAAAGGAGACACUAAUAAAGGCCCUAAGGUCCACGGUGUUUAGAGCCUAUAUUGAUAAAAAGACUCUAACAAAUGUGAGUUUGAUUGUAUUCUGACUUUUUAGAUUUUUAAUUUCCCCAUACAAUAUUGCACUAUUUGUAUAUAUCUGCUUUUAUCUUGCAUGUCAACACCCCAUAUAUAUAUUUGAGGAGUAAGUAAGCUACUGUUUAGCGCUGCACUCGUUUAGGUGGUGGGGUUUAUCACCUAAACAAUACGUUUAUUUUUUUCUAAAGCGUUAAAUUUGUCUAGUAUGUUUUCUCUCUUUUAUGUCUUCAAAGGAGCACUCCAAAUGCAUAACUGCUACACAAUGCUGUGGUGGUUAUGGUGCUAGAAGUGCCCUGAUGCCUCCAUUGUAAGUGGUCAAGCCAUUUAACGGUUUAACUUCUUUCCUGGGGUUCACAGUGCACUGGCCCCUGCCUAUCUACAUUGGAAUUGAAAUCCAGAAGUUCCUGCUAGGAACUUCUAUUACCUCACUUGAACUAAGCCCUGCAGUUCAGGGAUAGCUCAACUGCAGCCAAUAAGCAAACCCUGCACCACCAAACCUGGCUAAAUGACGAGUGCUUCCGGCUUCCAGAGUGUGGCACACGGCGGACUGCAAGUAAGACGUCAAAAUGUUUUCAAACUGUUUGACUCCUUACAUUGGGACAAUGCCAGGACACUCCUGGCAUGAUAAAACACUACAUUCUCUGUAGUGUUUUUGGUACUUGGUAUCUUCCUUUCAGGAGAAGUUUGGAGCUUUGUAGUGGAUUACCAUGUCAAUGCUCCGACCUAGCACAAUCCCGGAGCUUGUGAGAGGAGUGAAUGCUGUUUGCAGCCAGAGAAACUGCAGGCAACAGUCAGUCACUGUAGCGGACCACCUGGUAACCCGACUGCUCACCUCCACUAUUUCCCUUCCUUCAGCUGAACGGGAACCAUUUGGGAUAUAAAGAGACCCAUUUCCCCCCAGUAACUGGACGGCACACAGUCGUCAACAACCACUUUACUGACCACACACAGCUUUUAAGCAUACCCCAUGAAAGGGGUGUGACACACAGCAUGCAAUGCCCCCUCCCAGGGUCCUCCCCCUCCUUGGGAACCGAACGCUGGAAAGUGUUUUGUCCCUUUGUCUCCAAAAGCCUGCCACCCAAACACAGGGUUUCCCACAUCUAGGGACAGGGGGGAUCUUCAUCCCAUGAGCCUCUGUACCUGGUAGACCUGGUCUCUUUGUCACAGCGGGCACCGCAAAGCCCCCCAAACUCACCAAUGCCCCAGAAGUGCCCACACUAAUCUCAGGGACCCUCGCAGCGGUACCUUCCUCGACCAGGUUCCGCUCACGAGGUUUCUGUGUAGAACCUGCAAGGGAAGCGUCUCCUUUCAGGACGCAAAUGCUCCCCCUGGACGGCAUUAGUCUGUGCAAAAUGACGGCCUUCCAGGGGAGCAUUCAUUAAUAACUUCCCUUGUAGUUUCACACUUACGUUGCAAGUGCGAAUGUUCUGAUUAAUUGAUGCGAACAUUCUAAUGGGGCACUGGGGGAGGUCCUCGUUCGGGAACCAUCCACGAACGCUCCCCCUGGCUGGCAAACGUCUUUACGAAUGUCCGCCAGCCAGAGGAAUACUCAUCAAUUGCUUCCCUUGCGGUUUGACACUAUGUGGCGAGGUGUGAAAGUUCUAAACUAACAUUCUCUGUACACACUCUAGAUCCCAUAUGCACAGUCUAGAUCUCCUGUACACAAGCACACUCUAUAUUCUCUACACGCACUCUUUACACACAUCACUUUACACACAUACACUACAGUUCCUAUGCACACACUUGUUAAAUAUGCUAUACACACACUAUGCCCAGUGGUGGACCUACCAUCGUCACAGGGUUCACAGCUGUGACCACUUUAGCGGACCGGGCCACUGUGUGGAACCCUGCGACUAUCUGCGUUACUGUUUGUAUCUGUAAGAGUGUCAUUCUGUGUAUCUGAAUGUUUGUCAUUAAGUAUCUAUGUAUCUGCAUGUGUAUCUGUCUGAAUGUGUGUCAGUGCUUGCAUCUGUAGGAGUGUCAUUCCGUGAAUCUGAAUGUAUGUCAUUCUAUGUGCCUGUGUGUAAGUAAGUCUGUGUAUCUGUAUGUGUUUGUGUGUCUGUGAAUUUGCGUUUGUGUCAGUGAGUGUAUCUGUGCAUCUGUACCAGCAUGUGUGUCCGUGUAGGGCAAUUUUCACUCCAGUGCCCCCUGGUUUCUCAUUACGCCUCUGACUAUGCCCCCACUACACCCACUCUACAGCACCUAUACACACGCACUCUCUCACUCGCUACAUCCACUAUCCCCACACAUUACAGUCUCUAGCUACACAACUGAAACCAAUUUCUAUUUACAUUUGGCUUAAAACCCAUAUAAUGUGGCUGGGAGAAAAGAUUGUCUGGCUUCGGACUUAAACUAUUUCUACACACAAACAUUUAGAAAUCAUGCAUUAGAUAUAGUAGGGCAAAAUUAUACUCCUACACAUUGAUGGGUGGCAGAGGUAGUCUGGCACAAAAUGAAGUUAUGCUAGUAGUUUGCUAGUCCAUUCAUUUUUUAAUUUAUGCAUUUUACCAAAAACUAGAAUUUUGUCAGUAGUUAGUCUGGCUACUCUGCUUCUAAAUACACUAAAGUUUGCCUUUCACAUUACCCAUACGAAUCUAAAUUUACUGUAAGUACUUGGACACUUGGUUUUACUAUGAAAUCUCAUUCAUGAGGUUUUAGGUUUGGCGUGUAUAUUGUACAGUUUAAAAAUGCUGCACAGCUUGUGUUUUGUACUACUCUAUGAGAAAUACCUACUCUGUGCUUGCAGCCUGAGUUUAUGCAUUCAGUUUACAUCACAAGCGCAGGAAGCUUUUACUACAUUGAACUGAAAUAAAACCGUCAAUAUUGCCUGUUUUGUAUGUGUAAUCUAUGGAGAUGAGUGGAACUGUACUAAAAAUAGGCCAUAGAUAAAAUGUUGUUAUAAAACACUUUUAUCUGCAGUCUAUUUUUGGCAGGCUAAUCCCAAGUUACCGAAUGCUGACACUGACAAUGAUGCCUUAAUGCAGAGGUUAAAGAUCUGUACUUUUCCCUUGACUUGGAAAAAUUACAGGAGAAUUUUUAGAGCUCUAGAUAAUUAAGGGGGUAAUAUAUUUGCACAGUCACUGCUUGUUAAGUACUUACAUUCUUAUUUUGCUUGAAUCACUGAGUUUAUUAGCAAAAAUGCAAAUGCCAAAUGCUCCAUGUCAUUGGAAUUCUUUAGGAUUUAAUUACGGGAACACUAUAGCAUUUGUGUCUUAGUUGCAGAUUGGGUUUACCUCCCCCACUUUCUAUUUUCUUAAAAAAAUGAAAAAGUUUGUUUUGUUUUUUUUCCUUGUCCUGCACCUCCUCGUGUGAUGUCACCUGGCUUUCUCAGAGGGGAGCAUUGGAAACUGUUGUGCAUGCACAGAAUGUGCGUGUAUCCAAAUGCUUCUCAUAGCAUAGGUGUUUUUAGCUCUGCAAUGUAAAUAUUGCAGUUUUUACAACAGUGGUCCUGUAGGGUUAAAACUACAGGACCACUGCAUCCAGACUACUUAUUUGAGCUAAAGUGGCCUGGGUGAAUUCAGGGAUCCAGUAAUUUAGGAGGAUACGGUCAGAGAGUUGAAAGCUAGGCUGAUUUUUUCCUUCCAAACAAACUAUGCUCAAGUGUUUACCUACAUUGUCUUAAUUUUCUAUACCAAAAACAUGAAGUAUUAUCAUACAUUUUUUGGGGCUGCAAAAUCAGUGUAACUCUGUCAUUGAUAAAGGGACAAUAUAGACACAAGAAACAACUGCAGCUUUAUAUAGGCUGAGAACUGUAAACACUGCCUUUUUUUUUUUUUUGAGAAAAGGCAGUGUUUAUGUUGGUGCCUAGGAACACUUCUUGUUGCAGUUACUCAGACGACCACUAGAGGUGCUUCGUUGUUCAGUGCUGCAGCGUGUGUAGUACUGGCAAUCAUCAUCUCCUUGCUCUGCAUAGAGAUGCUGAAUGCUCCCUAUAAGAGAUGCAUCUCAAUGAGGAGGUGCUGAUUGGUGCAGCAUGGUGUUUUGCAGUGCAUGCGCAGAAGUCUUGCUUUCCUAGAGGAAAGCAUUGGAUUGGGACCAGAUGGAGAAACUGUAAGUAUUAACACGUUUCCCUUAUGAUCUUAUGGAGGUCGAUCACCUAAAUAGUUAAGCACUAUACUGUCAGGAAUAGUUUUUUCUGGUACAAUAUGUUCUUUUAACUGUACUAGCAUCAUACAGCAUUAUUAAUCGGUUUGUGUGACUGAGGAAAGAGCAACUAUUAUUAUUAUUAUUAUUAUUAUUAUUAUUAUUGCUAUUUAUAUAGCGUCAACAGAUUCCGUGGCGCUUUACAAUAUUAUAAGAGUGGGUAUUUCGCUAAAAAUAGGACAAUUACAAGAAAACUUACAGGAACGGUAGGUUGAAGAGGACCCUGCUCAAACGAGCUUACAGUCUAUAGGAAGUGGGGUGUAAAACACAAUAGGACAGGAAGUGGCAAUCAAAAUGGGUGGGAGUGCAGCAAAGCUGUAGGAGAGAGUAGAGUGCUGUCCUUCAGGAGAGACCAAGAGACAGGUAUGUGAGGUUACUCUGGGAGGCCAUACGAUUUCCUAAAAAGAUGGGUUUUAAGGCACUUCUUAAACGAUUGAAGACUAUCGGAGAGUCUGAUGGAGGUAGGCAGGCUAUUCCAUAGGAAGGGUGAGUUGGCUGUACGGGUGCGAGUAGUGGACAGGAGAUGAUCACAGGCGGAGAGAGCGUGUGUGUCUGUCUGUCUGUCCACGAUCCUAGCACCAUGGAUUCCCGGUCUUGCAAUCUCAAGCCACAUUAUAAGUAUAAUAGAUGAGAGCACUCUGGGGUCUUUGUAGAAGUGAAGAAAUGCUUUUAUUCAGCACAAAACACACAUCAACAUUUCCAUCUUGGACUGAAACGUUGAUUUAUGUUUUGUGCUGAAUAAAAGCAUUUCUUCACUUCUACAAAGACGCCAGAGUGCUCUAAUCCAAUAUAUAUGUGUGUGUGUGUGUGUGUGUAUAUAUAUAUAUGUAUGUAUAUGUUCUAUUGAAUUCAAAAUUGUGUAAAGAAAGUUAGCAUCGUCAAAACAUGUUUUUAUUACAUUUUUGGUCAAUCUUUAUUUCAAGAGAUGACAUACAAUUCCAGGAGAAGAAAAAUACAAAACGGUCUCAUGGGAAAUGUGUGGUUGUACCAUAGAACAGUAAAAACCUUUCCUUUGAGAGGGCAAAGCAGAAAAGGGUAUGCCGAACAUUAGCAUCUUAAACACCUCGAAAGUUCCUAAACGUGCAACUUAUGCACAGGCACCGUAAGUAGAUCCCUCCCAGACCGCAUGAGGCUCCACAAUUCAGGUGCUUAUUCUUGUCUACAGUAGUGUAGCAGUUUUCUUAUCCAAUAAACUACUGUCCAGCGUUUUACAUGAUAUUGUUUUAUAGCCCCAUUUGCAAUUUAAGGGAAUGAAUUCAUCAGUGUUGUUCGUACUGGGCGCACCUGGAAAUUGAUGACUGCAAUGGUUGACUCAAUCGAUCCAAUUAUUGUCUACUGGUAGAAGUAUUGUUAAAGCCGCUAUUUAUACCGCUUCUAAGACACAUUUUAUCCAUUUAGCCCUUAGAGAUUAUGUGACCUGUUGGCAAUAGGUAGUAUGUAGUUGUAACGGAUCACCUGGCACCCCGACUGGGUACCUCCGUUGAAGGAUGCUCCUAGCGCUUCCUGAGGACUCCAAGCACUCUGGCAGACACCACAAUCACCGAACCGGAGAAACAAAUAAAUUCUCCCAAGCAUAUGAAUGCUGUAGACAGUUGAAUAGGAACCAUACGAAUAGGUUUACUCUCCUAGCAGUCAAACUGGAACAGCAUACAAUAAAUCCUUCCCCCAAUAAUGAGACGACACUUCACUUUGAGGGUUAAAACAGGAACUCCCUGUACUGUCACAUACAGUCUCUUUUAUUCCCAAUCCACAAACAUAGUACAGCCCACAGGGCAUUACAAAACAACCAAUCAAUCCAUACAAUACACCCAGACACUCCCACACAAAAUCCUCCCCUCUGCAUGUGAUAUGAUUACUGAACACAAUGGGUAAUCUCAUUAUCACCGGCAGAGGAAUACAGUUUUUACACAAUAUUUAUAACUUCUAAAUUAUACAUGUCACAAACAUAAAACAUACAUUUUCAUAAUCAAUCCAUUCAGGGCAACAACAUAUUAAAAAAUGGCACGAAUCAGACCAGGGGUUCAAAAGUUAAGGGAAAGUCCUUUGUGACUAAAUGAAGCAUGGCUUUCCGGCCCAAACCAGUUUCAGAGUCUUCUAUCCUGGAGAUUGAAUUGAGAAGUAAUUCAAUUAUCUCCCAGGACAGACACAAGACUCCAUUAUGCACAUGGUGAGCACAAAGCAUUAAAAUAUUAUAAAAUACACAAAGUCACAUUUUAUACAUAAAACACAGACAUUUCACAUAUCCCCAGAUAGCUGGGAUCUGAGCGCACAAAACUACUGAAGAGCGCUCAGAUCCUAUUCACACAGUUCAAUUGCCAUGGAGCCGAAGUCUUUAACUACACAAAUGGGCUCCAUGGCAUAGCUAUCUGGGUUAACACAUUCUCAUAAAGUCUGGUCCAUAGUCCAAAGGCAAGAGGCGGGCAAGCAGCCCCCUCCAAGGACACGUGGCGAGGCCGGUUUCGCCACAUUUCUCCCCUUUACCAUCCAGACUAACAGGGUAUCUGACCUCCUGCCGGUCAGUGCCCUGGUUAGUCCAGCAACCCACCCACGAAGCACAAACAGCAAUACAGCCCACCCACAAUAACUGGUUACUACACCUGGAUAAAAUAGCAACUUGUCCAUGUCCAGGUGCCUCACCACGGCUGUGCGGGGGGCUGGUAGACUGCCUUGGUGGGUUGCUGAGUGGGCAGAGACCAGCGGUACUCUGCCCGGGUGCCAGCGCUACCACUGAAGUAGCCUGGUUGGAGCCUGGUUGUGGGAGGGGGAGACCGACUGUCUCCCCUCUGGAUGCACUGUUCUGUGGCUGGGGGACAGGACCGACCAUCCCUACCCCUGGUGCUGCAAGUGCAAAGACUACAGUCCCAUCUGCAUAGUUGCAGAUGCAGCCUCUACUCGGCUGCUGUAACACUCCUUCCGCUGAGCAUACUCUCUCUCUUUCGCCAGCCGGAAUUCUCGGGCCAGCCUUGUGUUUCGCUCGGCCGUGACCUGGUUCCAGAUCACCCGGCGUACCUCCAUGGGUAAAUCAUCCCCAUACUGGGCCACUCGCUGCCUCACCUCGGCCAUCCAAUCAUCGCCAGAGCAUUCCAUACUUGUCUGCUCCAAGUCGCUGGAUACCUCUGCUCCCAGGGGCGCUGCACGUGUGCUAGCGUUGCCCUCAAUUUGUAACUCCAAACGAACUGUGUCUCUGAGCUGCUUUACCUCGCACUAGGACGCCAUCCCACCGCUGCCACCAAUGUAACGGAUUACCUGGCACCCCGACUGGGUACCUCCGUUGAAGGAUGCUCCUAGCGCUUCCUGAGGACUCCAAGCACUCUGGCAGACACCACAAUCACCGAACCGGAGAAACCAAUAAAUUCUCCCAAGCAUAUGAAUGCUGUAGACAGUUGAAUAGGAACCAUACGAAUAGGUUUACUCUCCUAGCAGUCAAACUGGAACAGCAUACAAUGAAUCCUUCCCCCAAUAAUGAGACGACACUUCACUUUGAGGGUUAAAACAGGAACUCCCUGUACUGUCACAUACAGUCUCUUUUAUUCCCAAUCCACAAACAUAGUACAGCCCACAGGGCGUUACAAAACAACCAAUCAAUCCGUACAAUACACCCAGACACUCCCACACAAAAUCCUCCCCUCUGCAUGUGAUAUGAUUACUGAACACAAUGGGUAAUCUCAUUAUCACCGGCAGAGGAAUACAGUUUUUACACAAUAUUUAUAACUUCUAAAUUAUACAUGUCACAAACAUAAAACAUACAUUUUCAUAAUCAAUCCAUUCAGGGCAACAACAUAUUAAAAAAUGGCACGAAUCAGACCAGGGGUUCAAAAGUUAAGGGAAAGUCCUUUGUGACUAAAUGAAGCAUGGCUUUCUGGCCCAAACCAGUUUCAGAGUCUUCUAUCAUGGAGAUAAUUGAGAAGUAAUUCAAUUAUCUCCCAGGACAGACACAAGACUCCAUUAUGCACAUGGUGAGCACAAAGCAUUAAAAUAUUAUAAAUUACACAAAGUCACAUUUUAUACACAAAACACAGACAUUUCACAUAUCCCCAGAUAGCUGGGAUCUGAGCGCACAAAACUACUGAAGAGCGCUCAGAUCCUAUUCACACAGUUCAAUUGCCAUGGAGCCGAAAUCUUUAACUACACAAAUGGGCUCCAUGGCAUAGCUAUCUGGGUUAACACAUUCUCAUAAAGUCUGGUCCAUAGUCCAAAGGCAAGAGGCGGGCAAGCAGCCCCCUCCAAGGACACGUGGCGAGGCCGGUUUCGCCACAGUAGUCCUGUAACUUAUCUACCGGUAGUUAUGUAUAGAUACAGUAUAUUUAGCAGGCCUAGAUGAGGUACACUUUGUAAACCGUAUAGAUGUGUGAAUAUUUAAAGCCUUGCGUGGUUAUGUUGAUAGUGUUAUUCUGUUUAGUUGCCACUCUAUUUCUUUUAUUACACUAUUUAGAUUAUGUAUUUCUUAACAGAUAUUGACAUGGAAAAAUUUAGAGAAUUGCAGCAUUGUUAAAGUUUAUCUAAUCUAAGGAUAUUCUACUGAUUCGGACAGAAAAAAUAAGACUGCAGAUAAAAACUAAUUGUAUGUAGACUUUACUAUCCCCAGUCUAUUUAUAGUAAGUUGACCCAGUGUCACCAUAUGUCUGCGCUAGUAACUGCUAUCGUAAAGCAGCUCUCAGUUCUGCAAGUUUUAGUUUUAGUGCUUUGUUUAAUUAUAUAAUACAUGUAUAUAAUGAAUUUACAGCUUGCUGUUUCUUUUUUUUUUAUCUAUAAUUAAAAGGUUUGGGCUGUUCAGUAUGUAUGGAAUAUAUUGUUGCUUACUUACACAGAUAAAUGUUUCAGUUGAGUGUUUGUGUAUAUCAAGGUAGAUCUACAUUUGCACACACUUUAACCCCUUCAGGACGGGUGACGGACGAGGUCCGUCACACAGGGGAGACCCUUAACGACGGGUGACGGACCUCGUCCGUCACGCGGUAAAAUUAACCCCGGAUCACCGCUAUCGCAGCGAUCGCGGGGUUAAUGGUGCUCCCGGUAUGCCUCUGCAUUAGAGGCAUACCGGGAGCACCAGGUCAGGCUGCCCAGCACAUGUGCUCGCUCUGACCACAAGUCUGAGCGAGCACAUGUGCUCUCUAUACUCACCUACCGGCUCCCUGCACUUCCGGGUUCUGUGUGAAGUGCAGGGAGCCGGAUCAGUGCUGAUCCUGCCCCCUGCUGUAAAAAAAAAUAAAGUUUAUUUAAAGUCCCCCCCCCUUACCCAUUUUAAUAAAAAAUUAACCCCUUCCCUGCCAAUUGAUCACUGACUACAGUGAUCAAUUGGCAGGGAUUACAUUUUACUAUGAUCUGAUUUUUUUUUUUAACCCCUGAGGGUUAAUUCUUUUUUUUUUAACCCUCAGGGGUUAAAUUAAUUAAAUUAAUUAAUUAAAUUAUUUUUUAAUUAUAUAUUUAGCUAGCUGGGGUAGGUGGAAGUUAGUGGGGAAUUGGGGGAUUUGGCGUUAGGCUAACUAGGGGUUAACGUUAAAAAAAGUUUUAAAAGAAACUUUAAAAAGUUAAAAAUUAAGCUUAAAAAAUGUUUUAAUAACAUUUAAGUAAAAAAAACAAAAAAAACACACUUUACCUAGUCCAAAUAAAAAUUAACCCCUUCCCUGCCAGUCGAUCACUGCCUACAGCGAUCAAAUAGAGAUCACAGUAUUAUACUGUGAUCUAAUUUUUUUUAACCCCUGAGGAUUAGCUUUUAUUUAUUUUUUUAACCCUCAGGGGUUCAAUUUAUUUAAUUAAUUUAAAUAUUUUAUAACUAUAUAUUUUGCUAGCUGGGGUGGGUGGGAGUUAUGGGAAAAUGGGGAAUUUACUGUUACUGCUGCGUACUGCUAGUUAGGGGUUAACGGUAAAAAAAAAAGCUUAGAAAAAUGUUAAAUCUGUAAAAAAGUUUUAAGAAAGUUUAGGAAAGUUUAAAAAAAAUUUAUAAGCAAAACAAAAGUUUAAAAACUAGUUUUUAAAAGUAAAAAAGUUAUAAAAAGUAAAAAAAUACAUUUUAAAAACGCUCAUUACCACUACACCUGGAGCAAACUAGAGAAAAAAUUAUCCCACGCCAAGGUUCAAAAUAUGCCUUUUGAAUUACCCCAGGGUGUAUUCUUUAAUAAAUAGUAUGUGUUUGUGGGGAAGUUUCAAUAACCAACCGUCUAAACUACUCCAAAUUGGAACAUGGACACAGCGUAAAACUUCAAAGUUAGAAAAAACUGAAUGGCUGCGUCUCAAAUGCGCCCCUUCAACAUCCACAUAUACCUGGCAAAGGUACAUACGGGGGUAUUGCUGUACUCAGCCGACAUAGCUGAGCAACAUAUGAAGUAUUAUACAGUCAUAGCACACAUAAGGUUUGCAAAAUAUGCUGCGCAAACUCACUUUGUAUGUCAAAAAGGCAGAAAAAUGCUUAUUACCACUACACUUGGUACAAGCUAGCGGAAAAAUGAUCCCACGCUAAGGUUCAAAAUAUGCCUUUUGAAAUACCCUGGGAUGUCUUCUUUAAGAAAUGGUAUGGCUUUAUGGGGAAUUUGGAUUAUAUAGCCUGGUAAAAUACUCUAAAAUGGGACAUAGGCACAGCAUAAAAAUUCAAAGUUUGAAAAAAACUGGAAUGGCUGUGUCCCAAAUGUGCCCCUCCGAUGUCCACACAUACCUGGCAAAGGUACAUACGGGGGUAUUGCUGUACUCAGCCGACAUAGCUGAGCAACAUAUGAAGUAUUAUACAGUCGUAGCACACAUAAGGUUUGCAAAAUAUACUGUGCAAACUCACUUUGUAUGUCAAAAAGGCAGAAAAAACGCUUAUUACCACUACAUCUGGUACAAGCUAGCGGAAAAAUGAUCCCACGCUAAGGUUCAAACUAUACCUUUGAAACACCCUGGGGUGUCUACUUUAAGAAAUGGUAGGCCUUUGUGGGGUAGUUUGAAUUUAAAACCUGCGAAGAUGCUUGGAAAUUGCACAUAGGCCCAGCGUCAAAAUUCAAAGUUUGGUAAAAACGGAUAUGGCUUGGUCUCCUAUAUGGCACUGUAGCUUCACGAAAUAGUGCCAAAGACAUUCAUAUGGGGUGUCAUUUUACUCAGAAGACUUAGCUGAGCAUAAUUUGGGGGGUUUGAACUUAGUGGCACAUAUGAAAUAUACAAAACGCCCAGCAAAAAUGCAAUCCGUAUGUAAAAAAUGCACAAAAUUAUUUUUUACCACAUACUUUGGCAUAUAUUGGUGAAAAAAUGGGGGCAUGUUAAGGCACAAUAUGCACCUUAUAAGAUACCCUGGAGUGUCUACUUUUACAAAUGGUAGGCCUUUGUGGGGGGUUUUUGAACAGUCAAACUGUUAUAAUACCCCAAAUGGAAGCUAAGGCUCAUUAAAUCCAUCUCUCAAAAUUCUACUGUGAAUACUGAAAAGGACAGGUAUCCUGUAUGGCACUGUAACUUCACGAAAUAGUGCAAAAGACAUACAAUGGGGGUGUCAUUUUACUCAGCAGAUGUAACUGAACACAAAAUAAAACUUUGUACAGGAAUAGCACACACCAACUUUACAAAAUAUACACGAGAAUUUCUCUGUUAUAAGUUUGUGUGCCAAAAACCAAAAAGAACACAAUUUUACUCCAAUAUUUAGCAGAGGUUGGCGGUGAAAUGGCUACGUAGAAAGUGUCAAAACAACCUUAGGUAAAUAGCCCGUGAUGUCUACUUUAUAUAAAUAUAUACUUUUGUGUGGCAAUUUUGUUUUCUUUUAUGGCUAUUAAGCUUACAAGACAAACAUACCAAAUUCUAAAAUCGCUCCACAUUAAAAGUUUAUUUUACUCCUUGUGCUUUGUGACCUGUAACUACCAAAAAAAACUUAAAAUCCCAGACACAUUAUAUAUUCUGUAAAUCAGAACAAAUAAAUAAAUUUAUUUUUAAUUACUUUCCUUAACCUGCACUAAUUAUGCACACAUUAUUAUUGCAAAAACUGUAAAAAAAACCAAUAUUUUUCAUUUUUUUUGCAUUUUUCUGUAUUUUUUUUAUAAUAAGUAAGCAUUUAUAUAUAUAUAUAUAUAUAUAUAUAUAUGUUAUAUCAAAUUAAAGCCCUUUCUGUCCUUUAAAAAACAGUAUAUAAUAUGUACAAAAAGAUAUGGAAGGGCUGCGCCAAAUAAGGGUAGAUAGUCCAGUAAAGUAUUGCUAGGGUGCCAAUAGAUGGUCUAGGAUACUUGAUAGAGUUCCUCUGUGGAUGCGUCUGGUGUAGACCGUUCCGUAUAUGUAAAUACAAGAGAGGUAGAAGCGACUAAUGGUAUAGUAUGAAAGUUCAGGGUGUGAUAGGUAACAAAAAGUAAAGAACUCACAUUCAGGAGAGCUAUGGCCAGCUCUGGUGUGGAUUGUGUACAGCGGUAUAAUCCCCGCUUAUGGGAUAUGUAGGGAGGGGUCUCCGUCAGCACCGUCCGGUAGUCCAGAGCUCGAAAAAGAAAGACAGAAAGCAACAAUAGUGCUCUCAAUUUUGAUGUGGUUCAAUGUGCAGAUAAGAAGAGGUAAAAAACUCACAUUUGAGGGAGCUAUGGCCAGCUCUGGUGUGGAUAGCGUACAGCGGUAUAAUCCCAGCUUAUAGGAUAUGUAGCGGCGAUACGUCCGUCAGCACCGUCUGGUGAUCCAAGGCUCCAAUAUAGAAGAAUAAAAAGCAGCAAUAGUGCUCUCAAUUGUGAUAGGUUAAGAGAGUAGUAGAGAAAAUAAAAUAAUACUCACAAAAGAUAGAGCAGAGGUACUGCUCUAUGGAUAGGCGCCGGUGGUAUGAUCCCCACCUAGGAUUUCUUGGAGUACUGGAACUUUAAAAUUGCCAAUGGAAGUAAAAGUAACCAGGAAAGGUUAAAAUGCCAGGAAUAGGUAAAAACAAAAGUUGUUUAAAGUGCAUAAAGAGUGCAAUAAAAGAGGAUUGGUACAAUAAAGUAGCCAAAAAACUUUUAUUGAUCUAAAAUACACAGUAAAAUACAGAAUUAAUAACCAUAAACGCGUUUCACCAUAAGUGGCUUCUUCAGAAUGGGAUAAAAGUAGUAACCUACUACUACUACAGGGGUUGUUUAAAUAGGGCUAUGUUAAUUUGAAAAUUGCGCCAAAAGUGUAAUUGGCCAAUCAGUGACAAUUUUUAAAAUCACUUUUCAAAAUUAGGACUCAAGAGUAUGGGAGUGAUGUUAUAAAGGUGAUGAGUCCAUUUAAAUUAUUUAAAUGUGAAAACUAGAGUGAGAAAGUUGUUUUUAAAGAGAAAGAAAGGAAGAAAAAAAAAGUUGUUUGAUUAAAGUUCAAAAAAAAAAAAGUUUGAUUAAAGUUCAUUAAAAGAACAAAAAAAAAGGGUUUGAUUAAAGUUCAUUAAAAGAACAAAAAAAAAAGGGUUUGAUUAAAGUUCAUUAAAAGAACAAAAAAAAAAAGGGUUUGAUUAAAGUUCAUUAAAAGAACAACAAAAAAAAAUAAAAAAAAAUAGAUGGUUUAAAGGUACAGAGAUACAGAGAUAUAUGUAAAUGGAAUAUGCAUGAAAAGGGGGUAAUAUAAUUCCAAACAUAAUGAUUUAAAUAGGGGUUAUAUUAUACCCCAGAGUAAUAAUACAGAUGUUAAAUGAAAAUAAUAGAUAAAAUAAAAAUAAAAUUAAAUAAAAGAUUACACAGAAUACAAGAUACAUAAAUGGAAAGGCAUAGAUGAAAAAAUAAAACUUAAAAGAUUAUUAUUAUUAUGAGGGUUGGUUAGGUCCAGACAUAAAGAAUAAAAGCAUGUAGAUAAGGGUUGUAUAUAGGAAUUUAAAUAAAAUUAAACAGGUCAAAAUCAACAUUUAAACCAGAUGGGGUAAGAGUUUUGAGAUUAAAAACCCAUUCCAUCUCAGCUUUACCUAAUAUGUUCUUAAUGUUACCACCUCUCCAUGGUAUUAUACAUUUUUUUAUGCCGAUGCAUUUAAGGUGUCUUAUGUCGUUGUUAUGUGUACAAAAGUGUUUGGAGACUGAGUGAUUCAGGUAGCCUUUUUUGAUAUUUCUACAGUGUUCACUCAGUCUCACUUUAAGACUUCUUGUGGUCAUCCCUACAUACUGGAGACCACAAGGGCACUCCAACAAGUAGAUGACAUUUUUGGUAUCGCAACUGAUAAAAUCUUUAAUUUUAUAGGUUUUGUUGGUGAUAUUAGAUUUAAAACUGGUGGUUUUGGAAGGGACGGAGGGGUCUGUGUUUUUGCAUACAAUGCAUCUUUUACAUUUAUAAAAGCCACUGGCAUUGGGCAUAAAAGAAUUAAAAGUAGGUUUGGUUUCUUUUGUAAAAUUGGUUGUUAAAAUGGAUUUGAAGUUUGGGGCACAUCUAAAGACAACAUUAGGCUUGUCAGGUAUAAUAUUUUUAAGUAUUUCGUCUUCUUUUAAGAGGUGCCAAUGUUUUUUGAUAAUUUUUUUGACAUGGCCACUUCUGUUAUUAAAAUUGAAAAUAACAGGAAGGGGCAUGGUGUUGGUGGUGGGUUGGGUAUUGUAAGUAUAAUAUGUGUCGGUGCAAUAAAUGAGAGAGAUGCAAAUUGCAGUUGAACGCAAACAGCAAGAAAAUGCAAAAAUUGCUUGUGUCAUUAAGCGUAAGUCAAGCUUCUGAAGCUGUGUCCUUAAGGGGUUAAACCUGAAUUCUGAUACAGGGAUUAAAACAACAAAGCAUUAAAUGCUUUCGACUAUAAGCUUGGCACUCCAAAAUUAUUUUAUUCCAGCAAAAGGAUUUACAAUAUUACUUAAACUAGUAUGUGUAUAUGUGUGUGCACUGUUUUCAGUUCUUCUCAAAUGUGGGUCCUACUUUUGUGAAUUGUUAACUAUGGAUACGUUUAAUGUCGUAAACAUUCUAGGCCUAAACAUUCUUUAGCCCAUCUCUUCAAUGAGUACAAUAACAGACUGAUUUAUCAAGCAAGAAACGUUGAUUUCACAAUUCUCUGAAAUGACACUAGUAGAUAGAAGAUUCCAUUACCUUGUAAUAAGCAGUGAUAUGAGUACUAUUCAAAAGAUAAUCCAAUUAAAGAUAUAUCAUGAAUGAAAUAUAAUGUAGAAGCAAAUAAAAGGGAGCUCUAUACAUAGGAAUCCACAGUCCUCAAUAGUACUAUUGAUUAAGGCCAUUGGGCCGAAAUGUUGUAAAUGAUUUUUGUUCGUUUGCAAAAUAAAGAAAAAUUAUUUUAGUUGAUAAAAUAUAUUGUGCAGUUUAUACCUUGAUUAUUUUUACAUGAAUUAAAUAUAGUUUAUAAAAAGAUAAAUUACCAAAUGUGUUAUUGUCUUUGAGAUCUAGUGUUAACAGUGCUGUCUUAUGUUCUGUGUUCCAGGGUUUUUGACAGUUGAUUCGGAGUAUAGUGAUCCAUAUCUUGUAAAGGGCAUCAUGGCCGAGCCGGACUACAUUGACGCUGAUAACUCCGAACUGAUAAAGCCUCAUAAAUUAAUCAAUCCAGUGAAAUCGUCACGAAACCACCAAGAUCUUCACCGUGAACUAAUGAUGAACCAAAAAAGGUAAAAGAAGGUUUAAGAAAAUGGCUGCACAAUUAGAUAAGCUCAUCUGAACACAUUACAAACUUUAUAUAUUCUGCUUUUGCGGAGUCUGAAUCUGUGACGUAGAUCUGUAGAAUGUAUUUUGUUGGUUUUACUUAUCAUACCCCAAACAGGAAGAAUCGGUCAAUACAGCUGUACAGGGCAUUGGUUCUAAUAACUAAUGCCCCAACACAUAAUUUUUACCCUAUAGUGACAUUACCACGUCAAUAAAAACAUGCGUGGUGUGUGUGCAUAUAUGUAUGUAUGUGUAUACUAACUGAACAAUUGUACUCCCAAUUAAAGUAUCAUCCACUCACUGUUAGUGUUCCGAACACAGUAAGUGACGCCUAUGUCAUAAAAAAAUCCUGUAUCUGUGUAAGUUUAUUCAUAGCAAUGAUUGCAUUCGCUCAUUGCAAAUUUCUUUGAUAUAGUGAAAAUAAACCACCACCUUGGAUUCUUAUGUCCCCUCCCUGACCCCAGGGAUGAAACACGAUGGGGGCAAUGCGCAAGUAAUAAAUAGAAAUAUAUAAAAAAAAAAAGUCUUCUCACAUAGUUUUACAACCUCUUAAAAGUUAUACAUGCCACAUUUAGCACACACUCACACUGUGCAUCUGCUACCCACACGCCCCAAACACUAAUUUGGCAUCCACUGAAUUCACACAUAUACUCUGCAUCCACUAUACAUGCUGUCUCUGCUUCCACUAUGCAUACACAAUCUCUGCAUCCAUUAUACAUACACACAAACACACUGCAUCCACUUAACUCAUCCUUGUGGGCAGACUUGAGAGUGGGUUCUGUAGGUGAUCUUACAGGUGGCAGGGCUGGUGUGUUUGCCCUGGGCAUAUAUUCUAUUGUAAUUUUUACUAAUUAAAUAUACAUUUAAUUGUUAUUAUUUAGAAAUCAGAAUAAAAGCGUUCAGUGAUAAUCUACCAUAUAUUUGGUAUUCUGCAAAGGUUAAUAUAGCCUUAGUUGUACGCAUCAUAAGCUUACUGUGAUGUCUCUUUAGAUUCCAGUUUUUCUCCGUUUGUCUCUUGAUCACAUACUCUCAAAGUUUCAUUGUUUCAGAGUUUUUAAUACACACAUUUGAUAUAUUUUUGCAUGGUAUAAUCAGGGCUCAAACUUCCCCCUGCUCACUAGCCAUUGGCGAGUGAAAAUUUAGCUUGGCAAGUAGAAAUUUACCUCUAAUAAGGAUGCCAUUGAUUCUGCAAUCUUGCAGUGUUAAGCAACUUUUACACCUUUUUAGAAGCGUAGGACAUGACAUUUUGAGCCCUUCUAUAAUGACCAUGUAAUGAACAACACUAGUUUAUUGGAGCGUUAGAUUCAUUCUAUUAAACCAGACCGCCUGGCACCGCAAACUGGUACCUCCAUCAAUCGCUGCUUCCUAGUACUUGUGAGCACCAUAAUACUGUACUGGAACACCAUAACCACCUUAAAACCCCAUGAACCGGUGCAGUUUGGUUGGGGUCUCGCCGUCCUUCGCCCACCCUGGACCCAAGACCAGGAUCCAGCUUCCAGUGGGUAGACCACUCCUAGUCCAGCGAGAAUAGCAGGAGCAGCUCUUAUAAGAGCUAGUGAUUAUACUCAGGGGAGUAUAGUGAUUAUAGCAAUCCCCAGAGUGAAUGUAGUUCUCCAAGCCCCCAAACAUGAGCCAAGACUUCAUGAAGGGGUAAACAAAUAUCUCUUUAAUGGUGCCAUACUGGCCUUUUAUGCAAAUCCCCAUGCAAUGGGUACGCCCACAAGGACCUUGUUGGGGACAGGGACACAAAGCUUACAAACCAGAACAGUAAUUAAAUGUACGACACUCCCAUAACAAACAUGCAAUCCCUCCCCUCUGUCUGUGAGAUAGUCAGAUACUGUAUUAACCCAAUUAUCUCCACUCAGAAAUACCACAUAUUUUACAAAACGCAACAUAUCCACAUAAAUGUAACAUCCCCCGAUAGCCCUGAUCUGGGUGAACAACAUAUCCAAAAAUCACCCAGAUCAGAGCAAGGGUUCAGGAAAUUCCUGGAAGUCUCUUUUUGAUUGACUGCAUGCAUGGUCCCAUGCCCAAAACAGUUGCAGAGAAUCAGGGCUUGCGGUUGGUCUAAUUGACUCUGUUCGGUAGUUUUGUUCAUUUUUAAACUACCGAACAGAGUAAAUAGUUUUAGCUUGUACCAUUUAUCCAGACGAAUGAUCUCACCAAACAGGGCCUUUCUAAGUUGAAUAGAAUCGAAUGCCUGCGAUGAUGGAAGUCCAGCGGUGUUCGGGAGUUUCUGUAUUCAAUUUCAGUUACAUGAGAUUCAUUCCCAAACACCACUGCCAGCGUUCAUGUGAACAAGAUGGCCGCCACCUCGUGGUUGUUCAUAGGAAUUGCGACCACCCAAACGAACAAUUAGAACACUGCGGUGUGAAACAUUCCAAAUUGUUAAUAGGUGUUAACAAGCUCCCGGGUGGUCUCUGUUCAUGCGGUUGUUCGGUAAACUAACCAUAUAGUCCCAAUUGAACAGAGCCUGUUUGAAGUAGUUUAGCCAGGUCUACAGCAGGUCCCAUAGUCACAGGGUAGGAGGCUGGCAAACAGGCCCCUCCAAAAACUCAUGGCGAAAAGGGGAGUUUGUCACACCUGUCUAUACUGAGAAAAUUGGCAAUUUUUAAGUCCCAUGUUAAAAUGCAUGAGGACCUCCAGCAUCGCCGGAAUCCCCAUAGGAAAGCACUGAAUAAUGCUUUCCUAUGGGGCGGUGUAAUUCGCAUGUGCGCGGCUGUUGCCAUUGGUCGGGGAGGAGAGUUGGCAGAGCCUGACCAAGUGCCGAGGGACAUCCGCGCUGAAUACAGGUAAGUCACUGAUAGGGGUUUUAACCCCCUCAGCAACCUGGGAAUGGGGUGGUGGGAGGGAGAGGGGACCUGCAAUGCCGGGAAAAUGGUUUGUUUUCCUGGCACUGGAGAGUCCCUUUAAGGCAUUUCAGCAGAUUAUUAAAACCUAUGGUAUUUUAGUCUCGCUGAAGUGCACAGAGUGCAUGGACCUUUUCUCUUUCUUAUCCCUCAAGGCUCCUCCUGUCUUGUGACCGAUAUUCCUUAAUUUACAUCUGGUUCACCCCGAAUGGCCAUAUGCAUUCUAUGAUCUCAGUGAGGGUAGACCAGUCAGUCCUUCAUGUUGCUUCUAUGCUCAUAAACUCCAGGAAGAGGGGUUUUUUUUUUACAUUUCUUUGGUUCUAAUAUAAAUUUAUUGCUAUUUCAGAGGCCUGUCACCCCAAAAUAAACCAGAGUUACAGAAAGUAAUGGAGAAAAGGAAACGAGAUCAAAUCAUUAAACAGCAAAAGGAAGAAGCAGAAUUGAAAAAAUCAGACUUUGAAAAAGAACUUCAGAAACGACAUCAGAUGUUGGAAGAGGUGAGUCAGUCCUGUUCUUUGGUUUUUACUAUAUGUAUUCGCUGAUGUGUACUGUAGUCGUUGCUGCCGCCCAGGAGUGAUGGGAGUGGGACUUUUCUUUUUGUAUUUGUAGUCUUGUUCUUAAGGUGCAAGUAUUUUUAGGUUAAGGUUAGUGUAGUGUAGGGAUUGAUGGUCAGUGAUGUAGGGGGUUUCACAUUACUGUUAGGGCUGCAUGACACAUGUCUCAGUGCUGCCAGGGAUUAGUAGGAGCUAUAGUCCUGUGCACCAGCUAUGUCAUGUAUGUCCCAGUGCUGCCCUAAUAGUAAAGUCCUCUCCUUAACCAUUCGAUGAGGGUUCUGAACUGUAUGAAUGUAUUAUUUCCUGUACAUGCAAAGUACUUAAUGAAAAACAGGGAAAAUGCCAGUUAAUUUAAAAAAAUAUUAAAUAGGUUGUCAGAAUCCAUGCCUACACAACACUAGAACAUUUAGAUAAGUUUCAUAUUUGGACGCUUCUUUUCCACCCAAACAAUUAAAUAUUCUUUCAUUGUAUAUUGCAAUAGAAAUACUGCAUCAAUUAGAAGUAAAACUGCUUUAAUGCAAUUUUUUUUUUUUUUUGGUCCAAUAUUGCUUUUACAGAUGGAAAUGGAGAAGAAUAAAAAUGAGGAGCAGGAAAAUAAACCAGAAUUUCUAAAAGUAAAAGGAAAUCUCAGGCGAAUGAAUCAAGAAGCCAAUGAAUCGUAGGCUCCCAAGGGUAUCUGGAUUAACCAUAGGAAUGGAUUUGUGCUGGACUUUACAAGACAGACAUUUUGUUGGAGGACUGCCCUGCUGGGCAUCUCUAAACUGAACUGUCAUCCUCAACAUUUUAACAGACUUCACAAAUGCAGAACAUAGAAUGCUCAGUUAGCCUGCAGGCUGAAAGGAACUGGGUAUAGAGCUGUCUGCUGACAAAGUGACCUUUCAAAGUUGGAUAUAUAUUGGGCUGCAUAGGAAGCCUAGUUGCGACAUUACGCUGAUCCAGAUUAAUGCAAACCUUUCCGUAUGCUAUUGCUUCAAACUGUUUUUGCAAAAUAACAUAAAAUCUGUCUAAGAUCUUUCCACAUCAGUAAACUGUAAUGGUAUUAGAAUACCAUCCAAAUAUAUUCUGAUUUAAAUUUUGCUUUUCCCUUUGACUUGGAAUAUAAAUGAAUAGCAAUGGAAUUUGAGGUAGUUUUGCUACACUGGCUUAAUUAUAGGAAAUAUGGGAAUAAUAUUUCACUGUGAUAAUUACAUAGAAACUGAAAGGUGAGCUGCUAAACAAGCCUUUCUUAACUGCAUUGCUAAAAAUCCCCUUUUUUAAAUCAGCGUGGAGUGAAAUAUAAUAACAAAGAGUGCCUAAAGGUUUGUUUCACGACAGGUCAUGUUGUAUACAUUUUAGCUUUUGCAUUACCUUUUUCCUAUGUGCUGGUGUUUGAGCUUUUCCAACGCAUUGCUUUAAAAAUUAAGAUAUAAUUCACUCACAAUGGUUGAGUGAUUGAAAAUGUAAACAUUAACACUGUGUUUUUUUUUGUGUUUUUAAAUAAAAAUCAGGAAAAAUAUAUUUUGUGCAGGGUAAUCCUGUACGAUAUAUUUGUUGGUAAUUAACAUGUUAGUAUUUAUUUGCAGACUAAUCUGAAUUAGGAGAUGUAUGCCAAUGAAAUACUUUUUGCUGAAAUUAAGGUCAAAUUCUUGAAAAGCUGCCAGAACGUCAUAUAGAUGACUUUUUUUUUUUUUUUAAAUGAUCAUACUUAUUUCAUUGUUUGCUGGAAGCUUUCUUUUAGCAUUUUUUUUUUGUCUGUAUUGUCCACAAAGUUCCUUUUCCUCCAAUCUGUCUUCUUAUAAUUUUUUUUUCCUGCAUGGUUGCACUGGAUGCAAUACAGCUCUGCAGAAUGUGUUUGUGUUUUUUCUGGAAAUGCAUCCCAUUAAAAGGAAGCCUCCAAAAACCUGUCUUAUUCAUACAGAAGUAUUUUUAAAUCCCACAAGGAUAUGUAUUGAAUGAAUCAUUCCGCGCCUUGUUUUUUUGAAUUAUGUUGUUUUAUUAUGGCAGACUAUAUGCAGUCCAUAACAUCACCUAGCCAAAAUACAGGAAAUGGUGUAGGGGAGGCUUUACCCCUUAAGGACACAUGGCGUGUGACGACAUGUCAUAAUUUCCUUUUAUUCCAGAACUCUGGUCCUUAAGGGGUUAAAUUUUAGAUUUUUUUUUUUUUGAGAAUAUGGUUUCGUAUUAAAAAAAUGGGCAUUUACUUACGGUUUGAGACUUAGUUAGAGACUUUGCAAUUUUGGACUGCUUGAACUGGCUUUCAUCACCAUUUGGUAAUCUUUGCAAACUUGAACAUAGGUGGUUAAGCUACUGAUAAUGUGGGAGCAAAUAUCUGAGACAUUCUUCUUCUUUUACUUUUUUCUCCAUAUUCCAUGUGCCAUACAUUUGUAUUUUUCCAGAGUGAAAAUUACUAUUGCAUUCUGAUUGCAGUAUAUUUUUUUUUGUAGCCUUUCUUUCGACUUGCCAUUAUUUUAUAUGCUAUAAGGAGAAUAUCCGAUCCCCUUGAAAUCAGAGAAAUCCCUUACUGUUGAGAAUUUUUAAAAAGUCUUUUUAUUUUUGUUUCUUCUUUCUUUUUGUUUAACGCAACAUCGAAUCUUGGGCUUUGCAUGGUGGCCUAUACUAUACUUUUCACAUUACAUUUUCACUUAUUCUCUACCACAUCAUAACGGUUUUAAUUCCAUAGAUGUAUCAUUUAAGGUUAAUUUUUCUCCAUUCCAUACAAAGUAAGAAUGUGGGUUUACAUAUUCUUUGUAUUUUCAUAUUUCGCCCUACUGAGAAAACUAGUGUGAAUCCUACAAAAAUUUUCCAUAUUCAAUUUCACACAUAAGCGCUGCACCGGUAUUUCUUGCUGAAUCCUACCUUGCUUAGGCAAUAGAAAUAGUGCAUGUAAGCUACAAUAUCGAAAAAAAAUUGAAGGUGGUUUUCUCAUUAACUUCUAUUUAACAGAUUUGUGCAAAAGUUAUUCAAUAGGUUUAUAGGUUUGAGUCAUCGAAUAAGACUGCACAGGUAAAUCCUAGGUGAUCCUUUUGUUUGGGUGUGGAUUGAAAGCCAUUUAAUUUUGGUGAACCGUCUGAAACUAACUUUUGCACAGUUCUAAUAAUUAAUAUCUUUGCAGGAACAGUCAAAAUAAGAUCAAGUUGUAGUUUUCAAACACUUUAUCUGUAACAUUUAAGCCAAAUGACUUCCUUGUGUUCAGAUGGUAAAAAAGUAUUAUAUAACAGUGUCAAAAUACUGUUUUGCAAAACUGAACUACACUCCAUGUGAAGAGCAUUUAAUGUGCAAAGUCUCCCCCCUCCCCCCUGUCCCUUUAAAUUUUAACAGGUUAACAACUUUUUCUUAAAAUUAUUGUUUGUGAUCGGUAUUCUACGUUCCCCUAUCAAUUAUUCCAUUUGUAAUGGCAUAUACCGCUUAAUUCUUAGGAUAUUUACUUAAACUUUUCCAGCUCGUUGUUCCAGGAAAAAGAAAAUCUGUCUUUGGCAGGUGCUAUGGUGUAGAUUUGGCACUCAUUCCACAGCCUCUUUCUCUCUUAGAAAUGUUGCUAAUAGUAACUAAGAAGAACUAGAAUUUUAGUGAACACUGUGACUUCGCAGAUUUAUACAGCGUUUGGAAUGUCAUAAAUAUAUUAUUUCAUAUUGAAUAUGCUGCACAUCUUUUAAAGGGACAAUUAAUAGAUGCUAGAUGGUACCUAUCUUUAAGUUAACCAAAACAAUCACAACCUAAUAAUCGUAGAUCCCUGACUCUUAAUCAUGCUUUAGAUGUUAAAGAUGUAAUCCAACAAGUGAAAACUCUGUAUGAAAAUAUUCUGCUAUGUUUUAACACAUGGUAGUGUUUCUUUUUAGAAGACUCCCUAAAUCACAAUAAUCUAUUUCCUAAAUUGACACAAUUACUUUUUAUCUGUUUAUAUAGAUGGAUGAGACCACUAACGUGUGUUUGUAAUACCGUGUAAUAAAUAGUGCCCAAUUAUAUAAAAUGCCCCUUUAAGGUUAGGGGGUUUAUUUGUAUGCACUCGUGUACCGAACGUUGAUCUUUGAUUCCAAAAAUCAUGUACAAAAAAAGAUGUCCCUCUAUUCAAAUGCAAACAUUUGGGUGAAAUGUUUCUCUCUCUCUCAGGGGAAAUUAUGAUUAUGAGUAGUUCCAUGCCUUAAAAUGAUUAGGAGACUAACAACUGUGUGUGUUAGAAACAUGUAUUAUGUUGUGUAUUAAAUGUUAGAUUCCUUUUGUAAACUUUACGUAAUUUGUGGGAUUUCCACUGCUGCAGGUCAAUUCUGAAACGUGUUUUUUAUUAGUAGGCAUGAGGCGAUUUAAUGUUUGUAUACCAUUUACUUUAAAAGCAAUCUAUUUUUCCAUUGCAUUCUUAAAGCUUGUUCUCUGUCACUUUAUAUAAAGGAAGCCUAUUUUGAUUUCCCAAAGUAUGACCCUGUUUCGUGUUUGCUCUUGUAUGAUUGUUUUACUGUGUUAUAAAGUGAGAAUUGGAAUUUUCAUAACCAAAACUAUGCUUAAUAAACCUACAUGCCGAUCUACGGAGUUUGAAUAUAUACAUAUUGUUUUCUUCAGUGUCUUGUUUGAACUGUUCUUAAAUUUAAAAACUAAACAUUUUUUUAUUUUUUUUUAUUUUGGUAGCUAAAGGUUUCUAUUAACGUAAAAGAGUAGUUUCAUUUGAUGUGUUGUGAUACAAAAUUUUACUUUCAG